GCUUCAAGUCACUUCCUUCUUUAAACCACAAAAUAAAGUUUAACUUGCUUCUCAGAUCACACACAAGCACAUUUUCAAGAUAACCUUCUGCUUUCUGCCUCUUCCAGCCUACAGAUUACUUAAGGUAAGGCAUAUUUACCAGCAUGCUGGGAGAGUCAUUUAAAUUCAGUAUCCAUGUACCUGCAGUUCCAGGGCUUUGUUGAGAUGCCUAUUUAAUGGGUUGGAAGUCAUAAUUUUUAUACAUUUUAAACUGCCAAUUUGUCGCUUCUUAAUGCAGGAAACCAUACAACUCUGCAGUUGCACAGGAAGCCUGUGGUCAGCUAACAGAGCAGCAUCAGUGAGUGAGCAGUUAUCUGAUGGAGUUAAUGUUAAUUUGCUAAGGGUUCUCCAAAGAUUGGUACAAAACAAGAAAUCUCCAACACUGAAUGUAUUUCUAUUUAGAUUGUGUAGAAAGAAUUACUGUUAAACAUGGUAUGAGCUGAACUACUGUAUGAUAUAGUCUCCUUAGAAUCUCUAAGGAAAUCAGGAGGAUUCUCUAUCAUGAGUGGACGUUGCUUCCAAUUUAUAAUUUAUAACACAGAGAGUGAUUUUGUUUUUAGCACUUUAUCUCAACCGCUUAGAUUGUUCUUUGCCAAAUGUGCAUGUAAUCUAAAGCAUGUACAUCCAAAUUUCUGAUUCGUCUUUUUGAUUCUGAUGUCAUUAUAGUGAGAUAAGAUUUCAUUAAGAUUUUAUUAGACUAGCUAGACAAAACAUGAGAGGAACUGGAGAUAUAGACAUGUCGAAAUGUUGUACUUCGUUCCUCUUGCAGUAGGUAGAAUCUACUUGAGAAAGGAGAGAAUGUUCUAGAAUGACUUGAUGCUUAGGUGAGUCUCCACCCUUCUCUUACUAUGAAUAAGAAAAGGGGAAUAUUUCAACAUCAGCUAAUUUGGAGUUGUAUUCUGUUCCAGAGAUAAUGAAAUACCCAAUUUAUAAUGAAGUGUAAUGCAAAGUAGAGAAUUAAAAAGCAUUGCGUAAAUGUAUCUCAGGUAUUAGAAUCCAGCACUUGAGUUCUAUUUAGAAGAUUAAAUUAUAAUCUUCAAAAGUAAACAAAACUAAAAAACUAACAAUUAUCAUGACUUUAAUUGGUCCGUCAAUUCUUAAAUAUAAAAAAUUAUGUUUUCCAAUAUAAUUGAAUACAUCAACAUUAUAUCGAAUUGGGCUUAUUUAUCCUUUGCUGAAUUUCCCCUCAAUGCCUCAUAAAUAAUCCCUUUAUAAAACUAUAGUAUUUGUGUCAAAAUAAAUAUAGCUAGCAUAUAUAAUAUUACACUAAUAUAACUGAGUCUAAUAAUAUUAAUUGUAUCUUGGGCGUGGCUUCAGUAUUAUAUGCAGUGGUUUCAAUAACGUAACUAGCGUGAUUUUUACAUGCCUUUUAUGAUAUAUACUUAUAAAUCAUGAAAUAUUGCAGAGAAUCUCUAUUUUAUAGUACUCAAUAUUUAUAUAUAUAUAUAGAGAGAGAUAGAUAGAUAGAUAGAUAGAUAGAUAUUAAAACUAUACCAUUUGUAUUGUAGCUUCAUGUCACAACAGACAACGUUUCAGCUCAACAUGUGAACUUUCAUCAGGACAUACAUUAUUAUGCCCUGAUGAACAUGUUCAUCUGAAACUUUGACUGUUUUGGCAUGAAGCUACACAAAAAGAUUUUCAACAGCAAAGACCCUGAGUUCCGGUGUGGUUUGAAUAUUUAUAAAAUGUGUUACCAGGCACCGGGGGUUUGGAUUAAGUUGAUGCUGGAGUGCAGAGCUAUUUGUAUAUAUUAUACAACUCCCUUGAUACUUUGUAUACCUUUGUAAUGCUUUUAGGAUGGUAAAGCAUAAUGGAAACUGUAAUUUUGAAAGAUCUUGGGAUCUACCUUUUGGACACCCCUAUUAUACACAUAUCUAUUAAAGGAAAAUUGGAGAUAUUCCAUCAGUUUCCACUGAGAGUUUUUCCAGUAUAACAUUUUGUCCUAUAAUUACUCUACACGUGGCUUGAUAAUUAUGGACAUUGGAAGGCAGGAGAUCUCUAAUUACAGUUACUCUUAGGAAACAUUGUAUGUAUCUGCAUGACCACUAUUGUAAUUUGCAAGUCAUCUGUACUGGCUGAAAUCAAAUAUACACAAAAAAAAAAAAAGAUUUAAGGUGUAUUUUUUUUUUUUAAAGAUACAACUCACUCCAGAUAGGCGUUACCCAUCAGACAAUGAAAUAACAAGAGGAACAUCAAGGCUGGGGGACUUUGACAUUACUAUGUUUUAAAUGACACCAUGAUGUGCACAUAUUUUCCUUUCUGGGAAAUUCCACGCUCUCACUAUAUUUUAUUUAAAUCUGAAAUAUACUAACCAAAGACAAUUGCUGAUAAGUGUCCAAACUGUCUACUGAUCAGAGGUAUUUCUGAAGCAUCACCCUACUUUUCGUAGUCAUAAUGAGCUUAGGAGUUUAUAGACUGCUAUUCAAACAGGAAGUAGAAAUAGAUAUAAUUGUAGAUUCAUUAAUUUAAAAAUCCGUGCAUCUCAUGUUAUAUCAAAAGCAGUCACAGAUGUGAGAAUGAGUGAACCCUCUUUUCAUCUUACAUCAUACCCUCAAAAUCGGCAUUCUGUGAAAAGGGAAAUUGUUAGGCGGGAUAAAAGGGAGAGGGCAAGUGAUGCAAAUCCCAUCUGAUGCUGUACAAAGGGAUGGACCUACCCGCAAAGGAAUGGGUCCACAUGAAGAAUAGGCAUACCUACCUGGCAUGAAUGCACACCUGGCUGCCUGCAAAUCAAGCACAUUGAAUGAUGCAUGAGAGCCACACUUUCUACAGAAAAUUCUGUGGUGUCCUUUAAAAGUGGGAUACCAGUAAAAAAAAGUUGAAAUUAAAGGACAAGACCCUAACAUAACUAAUUAAACUAAAUUAGGCACUCAGGAUUGCUUCAGGAAUACAGGUUUAUUGUAACAAAAACUGCAACGUUUUAGCCUACACAAACUUGAUAAAGGCUCUGUGUAGGCCAAAGCGUUGCAGUUUUUGUUACAAUAAACCUGCCUUCCUGUAGCAAUCCUGAGAGCCUGGGCCUAAUUUAUUGUAUCUACUAAACUGAGUUUUCCCAACCCUGGCCCUGAUAAGCACCUGGAUUCCUAAAUGUGAGUGUGGUAUCCUCCGUUUGUGAAUUCCUAACAUAAGUACUGUCCAGCAGAAAUAAGAGCUAUUGGGACGCCUGUAAAACUUUACUAUAAAAAUAUAUUAUAUGGGAGUGUUAUUGCAGUUGCUGGUAAUGUCACAGUAACAGUUCCUUUGCGCUUAUUAACAUAUUUAAGCUUUCCAGUUGACAGUAUAAGCCUUGUGGAAUGACAAUGCCAACCAGAGCAAGGAGACAAAAACGAACAACACUUCUAAUCAGAGGCCACAUCCAUUGUUGACAGGUGCAUACAAAUACAUAUACAUGCUUUAUAGGCAGAUGUUGACAGUAGAUAUUUAAUAAUGCAGAGCUCAUUAAAUCUUAAAAAUUAUCUUAUAAAGGGAUGUCACAUCUUCGAAAAACUAAUUUGUUAAUAUAAGGAUUUGUUGCAGUUGUACUUUAAAAAACAGAAGCUAUCAUUGUAAAGUGGGAACAUUUAGGAGUGAUAGCAGCUCAGCCAUAUAGUGGUAGGCCACACAUGCUUGCAAAAUGGGACUAUUGACUGUUGAAGCACAUAGUGUGUGCAAAUCUUCUCUACGUAGUUACAAAACUCACUGGCUAGUUGCACAUUACCCUGGCGGUGGGAGGGGGAAUCUUGGAGCAAGAACUUGUGAAAUUGGUUUCUAUGACAGAGCACUGACAUGCAGUACAAGGCUAAAAUCACCUUUUGCAAUGCCAGUGGUUAGGGAGAGUGCUGUACUGAUCCCCACCUUUGGAUUUUGGGGCAGGAAAAUGCAUUUUGUGGAGUGCCCAAUCAGGCUUCAUGAUAUGGCAGUCUGAUCAAAAACUGUGCGCUGGUUUGGUGGAGGGCUCUACCUGCUGGAUUGCAUUCUUGGUGGAGGAGGAAUAAAGGUGAUUUUUUUUAUGGUUUAAGCCAGGCCGUGUGAAGGGGCCUACACCACUAAUACUAAUAUUUAAUACUGAACACCGCAGGCACUUAAAGCUGACAUAGAAUUUUCAUUAGCAUUUACAAAGAGUGUAUAAGCAAUGAGAGCACUGUGAACCCAGCUAGUGUUACUGUUUAGAUCAUGGGUCGUCAACCUGGUCCCUACCGCCCACUAGUGGGCGUUUCAGGAUUCCAGGUGGGCGGUAGGGAUUUCGGCGGCUAAAUCCUCUUUUUAGGAGGAUUCUCCUUUAGGACGGGCGCGAGCGGCUCUGCGGGCGCAAGUUUUCAGUGACCGGCAGGUGGAAGUGCACCCUUCUGCCAGGCCACCUUCUGGACCCGCAGGUGCGGCUGUGUGCUAAUCAGACGUGGCGAGGGAUCUCUAACCUCUCUGCACUGCUCCCUCGCGCGAUAUUUGCUGAUGCCGCGGGAGCCGGAAUAUGACUUCAUAUUCCGGCUCCCGGCAUCAGUAGACAGCCCGCGAGGGAGCAGUGCAGAGAGUUUAGAGCUCCCUCGCCGCGUCUGAUUAGCACACAGCCGCCCACCGAAGUGAAGCCCUACUGGACCCCAGGCACAGAUCCAGGUAGGGAGGCUGGGUGGACAUUUAAUAUUAAUAAUUUGUGUGUAUAUGUGUGUGUCUUUAAGUGUGUGUGUGUGUUUCUGUAAGUGUGUGUGUGUGUCUGUAAGUAUAUGUGUGUGUGUCAGUAAGUAUAUAUGUGUGUGUGUGUGUCUGUAAGUAUAUGUGUGUGUGUGUGUGUGUGUGUGUGUCUGUAAGUAUAUGUGUGUGUCUGUAAGUAUGUGUUUGUGUCUGUAAGUAGUUGUGUGUCUGUAUCUGUGUCUGUCUGUGUAUGUGUGAGUGACUGUAAGUGCAUGUGUGAGUAUGUGUAUGUUUGUGUGUAUGUGUUUCUAUGUGAGUGUGUGUGUCUGUAAGUGUAUGUGUGUGUGUGUGUGUUUGUCUGUGAGCAGAGUACUUGUAGAAUAGAAGUAAGAAGAAGCAGAGUAUUUGUAAAAAGGAGAAAGAAGGUGCAGAGUACUUGUAGAAUAGGAGAAAGAAGGAGUAGAGUACUUGAAAAAAAAGGAGAAAGAAAGAAAAGGAAAAGGAGAGAAUUGUUGUUGACUAAUAACAGUAAGUGGGCUACCUAGCUCAGCCUUCCUACUAGGCAUUGCUAUAAUGAAGGUUAAAAAAUAGAAAAAAGGAAGAAAAAAAAGGUGGGGAGGGGAAUUGAGGAGGGGAGCUGACGCACAGAUGAGAAAUCAUUUUAUGAGCAAACAGAGAAGUCUUCUGAAUAUCACCGAAAGAGGAGACCUUCGUUUGUUCCUUACGAAAAUCGAACCAAAUAUCAAAUAUUUAGUCUUGCAGCAUCAACCUCAAGGAUCUCAUUAAUCACUAGAACAGGUAAUUUCAAUUUACUUUAUUGUUUCCUCAUUAAACUUUAUAAAGUUAAAAACAGUAUAAACAUGCAUAAAGUAGAAAUAAAAAGAUAAAUGUCCGUACAUUUAUUUAAUUUUUUUAAAACACCCUCCUUUCUAAAAAAUAUUCUGCGCUUGCGCGAAAACUGGUGGGCGGUAAGGAAAUUUUUCCACCAAGAAAGAUGCAUUAGUGGGCGGUAAGUGGAAAAAGGUUGACUACCACUGGUUUAGAUAGAUCUAAUAUUGCAAUACAGACAGGGAACAAACAUUUUUAUGGUCCGGAUAGCAAGAGGUCAGGGCUGACAGCAAUGGUUAGUUUACUAUAUAUAAAAAAAGAUCUUAGUCACAAGUAUAGCAAAGACAGGAUACAAGCAGGGCUGAAUUUACCCUCCUUGCUGCCCCAAGGCCAGUUUCCUUAAUGCACCCCUACCAUAUAUAUAGUGUAGAUUGGAUUAGCCGUAUUAGUCCAGUAGACAAGAUGCCAAAAUAACCAAUAAUAGUGCAGAUAGCCAGACACUUAGUGUAAGACACACAACAAGGAUAUGUGGGAUCACGCUCACAUUUGCUAGAGCUAUAGACCAGCUCUGAGUAAAACAAUGUACAGCGGUAUAAUCCCCACCAAUGGAUAUGUAGCUCCUUAGAGGUCAGUCACACAGCAUUCUGAUGAGCAAAGACGGGUAAGUGUGUCUUACACUAAGUAUCUGGCUAUCUGCACUAUUAUUAGUUAUUUUCCAUUUUAUUACAUAUACGUAGCACCAACUGAAGCCUAGACGAAUCCAAGCCAGGAUCUUCCAAAUAAUUGGACUUAAUACACACAGUAUUCAGCGCAACCUGUUUUUUGUGUUUUGCUUCUUUCCAGUAAGGUGUUGGGGGUAUUCCUUACUUUCAGUGUUUGCUGCUUAAUUUAUUGUUUAUAUUAAUUGAUCCCAUAGGGCUUAUCUUAUGUUUUGUACUUGCAGUAAGCAAUGAUACCUUUUUUAUUGGACUAACAUAAUAUCUCAAAGAAAAGCUUUCGAGAGUUUUCCUCUCUUAAUCAGGUCUUCCACCUUUGGCAUUUUAUAUAUAUAUAUAUAUGGGGUACAUUGAGGAAACUGGCCUUGGAGCAGCAAGGAGUGUGGAUUUCUGUAAACUUAAGUUUUAUUUUAUUGCCACACUAGCUCAGCUUUUAAGUUGAUCUAUUUACACAGUAGAUUCUGAUGAUUUAAGACUGAUUUUGUAGGACUAAGGCCAAAAUAGCUUUUAAGGUUGGAAACAUUCCACUAUUUAGCCAUUCAUCAAAUUUACCCUUUCCUUUUCUGUCCCAAUACCCACAUUCAUUUUCAGUUCAACUAUUUACUAAAUAGAUUUCUGGAAUAGUGACACUAGAUCUUCUGUGGACAACAGCUCACAUCAACAUGAGUUGUUUGAUGUGCUGCACGGUUAUUUGUGAAAUCACAGACAUACAAUACAAUUAAAAUUCCAGUAUGUAUUCAGAGCCAUAAUUUUAUGAUAAAAAUAUCUGAGCUGAAAUAAUACAUGUAUUCCCAUUUUAAAUUCUUGAUUUUUUUUCAUUCCACAUAUAAGUGAUAUACAAAUAGCAAUUAGGUAGAUUAAAUAUGCAUUCACAGUAACAUCAGUAGAAGAAUAUGUGGAAUGGGUUUUUAGAAGGUAGGGUAAGACAUAAGAAACAUAAACAGUUGUCUCAUUAGUUUGCCCCUCUCAGGUGAGUGAUAUAACUGAUGUUGGUAGCUCGUUGAGAGUGAUAGUAAAACCCUGCAGGCAUUUAUCACCCACUAUAUUUCUCACUUGUAGGCUAUGGAUUUGUUGUAGUGUGUAGGAGGGGUGGGGGGUGUUCCAAGUGAGUGUAACAGCCCAUGAGUAAUGGCUCUGUUAUAAGCAGGGAGUAAUAUUUAAGUUGCCUUAUUGCAUAUUAAAACAAGCGUUAAGACAUAGAAAAUAAUCAAAUAGAAAUUAAGUAAACAUAUGUAAUCAACAUCUGUGUGGUUAUAUGCGAAAGGAACUGUGGUGUUAAGACUUGGAGGUCCUCCAGACGACAUGAGGGCUUAGGUAUGUCACAGCCCUUCAGGUUUUUCCAAGUAGAGGUGCCGUGCGUUGAGCUGUUCGCAGUGUAAAUUCCACAACCGAUGAUGGGUCUAUUCGGCUCAGCAAUGCCCAGCUCGACUAGGUGCGACUCCAGUUCCGAAAAGUUGCGUUCUCGGUAGGCAUUGAAAUGUGAGCAUUUUCGGUGUCCCCAGCGGUAUGGUACUCCUUUGUUACGGAGCAGUAGCAAUAGCGGUCGGAAGGCCCUGCGCCACUCGAUGGUGCCUCUGGUUAGGUCUGGGAAUAGCAUUAGUGUAGAUAACUCAAAUUGUAGGGGGGUUUUGCCUCUGGCGGCCGCCAACAGAUGUGUCUUAUCUUGUUGCAAUUGGAAGCGGACUGCGAUGUCUGGCUGAGUGGUCGUCAGUGCCGUCUUCGGCUUUGGCAGUCUAGUCUUACCUCUUUGGCCUGUUUAGGUGGUAACAGCUUGUGGAACAGGCGUAGAACAAAGUGAGCCAGGCUGACAGGCCUACAGAAUCCGGGAUACCGCCUAUCUUUAGGUUACAUCACCUUGUUUGAUCCUCAAAAGCAUCCAACUUGUCGUUGGUGGCCUGUUGUUGUUGCUGUAUAGCAUCCGGUUUGAGCUCCAUGGCGGUAAGCUUAGAGUUGUGCAUGCUUGAGGUAGCCUCAAGCAAGGUGAUCUGAGAGGCGAUGAAUGCAAUUGCAUCUUUAAUGCCUGUCAUGUCUGCUGCGAUGUGAGUCCAGAGCUCCGCUAGCAUACUGGUUCUCCCUUUGGUCGAGUUGUUAAAGUUUGGGUAUGGUAGGAGACUUGCACAUAGCCCCUUCCCCCAGGUCGAAUUCCAAAUCCUCUGAGGAGUAGGAUGAUGCAUCCUCGCUCAUCGCCAUUUUGUCCGAUGUUGGCCUUUGCAAGCUCCACAGUAGCUCACCGAUAAUAUGGCAAGUAGAGCCUUUGUCUGCCUUUGGUUUUGUGUUUUUUCGACCCAUGUCUAUCUGCGUCAUGUGAGGGGUUUUCCUACUAGGUUCGUGCCCAAUUACCACUCCAAAACCUCUGUUUUCCUUUCAUAAAGCAGAGAGCUAGAGGCAACACGUCUGCUUUGUUCGGCUGCUAGCUCCGCCCCCCACCCUAUUGUUGAAUUGUUAAAAGUAUGUGAUUUUUAAUUAUGUCCAAGAGAUAAUCAAACACCAUGCUCCUCAAGCUUUCACAUUCUUGUGCUAUAAAAACAACCAAGCAUAUUAUAGAUUUGAUAAAAAAUAAGGAACUGCUGAAAUCAAGUUACUCUGGCAUACUGAUAACAUUUCACAAUAACAAAUUUGCUAACUAUCAUUUAAUAACAGAAUUAAUUUAAUUGUAUACAUAGUAUGUACUGUAUCAUAUCACAAGUGCAUUUGAAGGAUAAAAUAUUUGGGUAUUCUUUGAUAUUUGUUGGUUCAUUCACAAUUGCUACUAAGAAGAAAUAAAUAAAUUAUUUUGCCAUUCACCCCAAUAUGUGAUAGUUAUUAUGCAAUCCAGGGGUGCCAAACUUCAGUUUUCAAAGGUAACCAAUGGAAGAACAAUGCGAUGAUGAAAAUUCCUUGGUCUGACUUAUGUUAUUUUUUAAAACGUCUCUGCAUUGGCACAUAUUAAAGGAACACUAUAGGGUCAAGAAUACAAAUAUAUCCCUGACCCUAUAGUGUUAAAAACACAUGUAGGGUCCCUAACCCACCCUUGCUACCCUUAAAUAAGUAAUAAAAAUUACUUUUUUCCAGCUCUGUUCGGUUCUGCCGGAGCUGGCCCCACCCUCGAUCGGCAUCCUUCAUGACAUCAUCAGAAUUGAUUAUCUCAGCCAAUCACAAUACUUCCCUAUAGGAAAGCAUUUGAUUGGCUGAGAUUGUCAAUUCUGAUGAUCUCAGUCAAUGAGGCGGGGUGGGGCCAACGUGCAGUAGCCAAUCAGCAUUCCUCUUAGAGAUGUAUUGAUUUAAUGCACCUCUAUGAAGAAAGUUCAGUAUCUCCAUGCAGAACAUGGAAACGUUGAAUGGCAGUGUGUGCAGCACUGCCCCAGGAAGCUCCUCUAGUGGCCGACUGAGAAGUGGCCUCUAGAAGUGUUCCUAGGAUAUAAUGUAAACACUGCCUUUCCUCUGAAAAGGCAGUUUUUACAUUAAAAAGUCUGCAGGCACUGACUAUAAUCACCAGAAUAACUACAUUAAACUGAAGUUGUUCUGGUGACUAUAGUGUCUCUUUAACUGGAAAAGUUAGGUGAGUGCCACACAGGGACGGCGCUCCCUAUAGGCAAAGUAGGUGGCUGCCUAGGGUGCUGCUUAAGGGGGGUGGCGCCGGCCCUGGCUUUAUGUUUGUGCCGCGGCCGCCCCUCCAUCAACUUAGAUUAUUAUGAGUAUGCUGCUGGCCAUUUUACCGGGCGCUCGGAAGCACUUAUAUUGUUGUCCGGCGGCAUACUCAACAAGCUUUAGAGACAGGUUCCUCCCAGGCAUCCAUUGCGGCAGUGGGGGCAGCGCGCGGGCGCUUGAAUUCCUCGCUUCCGCCCCUUCCCUUGUAUGUGGAGAGAGUUGGGCAGGAGCAUAACAGGAACAGGAAAUAUGCUGAGAAAGGACUAGAUGGGGAGCCAGGUGCUGGCAACGAAUAGCAAUGAAGGUAAGGUAUGUCAGAGAAUAUGUAUGUCAGUCUGUAUGGGUCAGUGUGUGUGAAUGUCAUGUGUAUAAUGUCUGUAUGGGUCAGUGUGUGUCUGUAUGGGUCAGUGUGUGUGAAUGUCAUGUGUAUAAUGUCUGUAUGGGUCAGUGUGUGUCUGUAUGGGUCAGUGUGUCUGUCUGUAUGGGUCAUUGUUUGUUUGCAUGGGUCAGUGUGUGUCUGUAUGGGUCAGUGCGUGUCUGCAUGGGCCAAUGUGUGUGCCUGCAUAGGUCAGUGUGUCUAUAUGUGUGUGUCUGCAAUGGUCAGUGUGUCUGUGUAUAUAUGUCUGCAUGGAUCAGUGUGUACAUAUGGGUCAGUAUGUGUCAGUCUACAUGGGUUAGUGAGGGUGUAUCAGUUUGCAUGGUCAGUGUGUGUGUGUCAGUUUCUAUGGGUCAGUGUGUCUAUAUGUGUGUGUCUGCAUGGGUCAGUGUGUUUGUCUCUAUGUGUGUGUGUCUGCAUGGGUCAGUGUGUCUGUAUGUGUGUGUCUGCAUGGAUCAGUGAGUGUAUAUGAGUAUGUGUGUGUCAGUCUACAUGAGUUAGUGCGUGUGUGUCAGUUUGCAUGGUCAGUGUGUCUACUUGAGCCAGCGUGUGUGUUAGUCUGCAUGAUUGGGUGAAGCAAAUGGGGCGGCAAAUUUGUUGUCGCCUAGGGUGCCAAAAAUGCUUGCACCGGUAUGGUGCCACAGGGAACAUAACUUUUCAGACUUAGAACCUAUCUAAUGAGGGUCCUAUUGUAACAUAUAUAGUGAGGUCCUGCACCUCAAGGUCACAUGGAAACAGAAUUUUAGUUUCAAGGUCACAUGGAAACAGAAUUUUACUUUCAAGGUCACAUGGAAACAGAAUUUUAGUUGGUUUAGUUUAAUGUUUUGAACAUUAUUCAAAAACUUGACAUUUACCAAUAUUUCCAAGGACACUUUUUGAAGGGUUAAUCAAAGUUGACAGCACUUUCAUAUCACUUUCAUGUCUAAUUGUCAGCAAAUAUUUAAAACAAGUUAUUAUAGCGAUUCUGUCACCUUUGGGGUUCUUUGCAUAUGUUGGAAAGAUCCCCAAUGGCAAAUUGAUGCUGCUUGUGUGGUGGCCUUGGAGUGCAGGGGAAGGUAGGUUACACUUACUUGAAUCUGUCCGUCGCAGUCAUCGCCAUCUUGAUCUAGUGCAUGUGUGAGAGUACAACACUGAUGUCUAUGGAAUAUCUCACAAGACUGCAGAAGCCUUCAUAGACAAACCCAUUUCCCCCUCAGCCACUUUAAAUCUGGAAUCCCAUUUCUUUUUUUUAUGGUAAUAAUGACAGCAUAAUCAUGUGCUAUUGGCAAGUUUGUCCUCGUUUUUAGAGAAGUACCAUAAUUAUUCAAAUGUAUAUAACUGUAAAUAAGUUAUCCUACUGAUAAAAUACCAAAGAACUCCUUUUACUUAUGGAUUGCAUGCUGUAAGUGUAUAGACAAAAGUGGAUUAUACACUGUAAUAGUAUAGAAAUUAAUCAGAAAUGUAUGGGGCAAUGCAAAAGUAUAGACAAUGAUCAGAAAUCAUACACUGUAAAGGAACAGAAAUUAUCAUAAAUGUCUGUAUUACCUUGACACGAACAGUUAAACUUUGUAUAAUUAAUCACUAUUAAGCUCUCUGUAGUGAUUAUGGUGCCUGGAGUGCCUUGGUGUUCUCCCAGACUAAUUUGUCAAACAGUUUAGGAAAAGUCUCACAACUUAUCUGGGCCCCCUCGGACUCUGGGAGCUCAUGGCUUCAGUAGAUAUGGUGUUUGUGAACGCCUAGUCUGCUCUCCAUAAACUUUAAUUCUUUACAAAUUCCUAUAAACAAUUUCACAUAGUCAUUUAAAUAAUGGAUUAAAAAUAUAGAAUGUGAUGCCAGAUAAUGGCAUAAUUAUAGAACUGAAUGUAAAGACCAUCACAGAAACAAACAGACAAUCCAAAUAAUGAAUAAUAAAUUACAAUAAAUAACGAUAUACAUAUGUGUUACAUUGUGUAUUUCAUUCAGGGGUGCACAAAUAAGCAGAAAAAGAUGGCAUCAAAGACACCAGUUACAGAGGAAGAAAUGGAGGAGCUCAGAGAGGAGUUUACUAAAAUUGGUAAGUCUUCAUAUUUGAAUUAUUUAUUGGUAAUGGAACUCACAGUAUUGCAGAACUAUAAGCCAUAUAUUUUGAUUAUACAGAAAAACAACUUUCAAAUGCAAUAUUUCAUUACUGUCUCUUACGAAUUCUCAAAAAUUACUGCUGACCACGACUUUAUCUCAACUAGUCUGAAACAUCACUACACAAUGACCCACACAAACAAACAACAAAAAAAGUAACUUUUUUAUCCUUUACACCAUCUCCUUCAUUUUUAAACUAUAAAUUUAUAAUAAAGGCAAAUGUGAAAGCAAAAAAAAAUAAAAAAUCACUCAAAAUAGCUUUUACUGUUUUUGCACAAUUUCAUAGUUUGCUUUCUACAUAUGCAUAACACUUUCAAAUAGACAGUUUUACAGUGUAAAACAAGGCCAACACGGGCCAAAUAAACAAGGUUUACAUUUAUGUGAGCUGCAAAAAAAAACCCAAAACUGCUGCUAACUUACUAAUUUGACUGUUUUGGCCCAAAUUUUAAUAUUCACUCUGAAUUCACUUUCAAUUAACAGCAAUUCCCACUCUAGUAAUGGGAAUAUUUGAACAGCACCUGCAUGUAUUCAUGGCCAUGAUAUAUUAAUUCACGAAAAUGUAGCCUCCGGGCACGAUUAUAGAUGUCUAGUUGAUAAAUGUCAAAAACAGCAAUAGUAAGAAGUCAUUGAUACCAAAUGGGGAAGCAUCACUUCUCUGGAAAUUAGACAAUUAAAUCAAAUAUUGGAAAUCCCAUAUGACCCAUAUUACAUGUGUGACGAGACCAAUCUCGCCACUGUGCUUUGGAGGAUUCUGGUUGCCUGCCUGCUGCCUUUUGACUAUGGACCGGCAUUUCAAUACUUUAUUUUCCUAUGCAGAAAGGUCUAUUCAUGUAUUUCUGCCCGGGUGUUCGGUAGAUUCUAUCUACCGAACAAACAGCCGUCUAUUGGCCUCCCAGGAGCCGUGGUUAGCUGGCAGAUGCCGUUAAUUGGCCGCCCAGAACCCGGCAAGCGCCGCCAAUUGACCACCCAGUAGCUGCGGUUAACCGCAGCUUAAUUGACUGAACACUGGAUGGCUGCAGUCUGCAGUUCACACGCGGCCGGUUCAUUCACGGAUUUACUGAAUGAACACAUUUAACCCAGAUAGCUAUGCCAUGGAGCCUAUUCGUGUAAUAAAAGACUUUGGCUCCAUGGCAAUUGAACUGUAUGUGUGUAGUCUGAGCGCCAUUCAGUAAUAAUGUGCGCUCAGACCUAAGCUAUCUGGGGAUAUGUUGCAUGUUUGUAUUUUAUGUAACAAAUGUAACCUUGUGUAUUUUAUUGUAUUUUACUGUCUUUUUACUGCCAUGUGCUUAAUGGAGUUUUGCCUCUGUCCUUGGAGAUAAUUGGAUUACUUCCCAAUUAUCUCCAGGAUAGAGAGGAGGGAUUGUGAUGUCAUUGUGGGAGUGUUUAUCUGUGUUGUAUGUUUUGAUUGGAUGUUCCACAAAACCCUGUGGGUAGGACUUUGUCUGUAAAAUGUGUAUAUAAGGCCAAUAAAGACACAGCUCAGUCUGUUCCUGUUUUGACCCUCAACAAGGAGCCUUGUCUCGUUCUAUGGUUUUUCCUAUUUGGCUGUUUACAGCAUUCGUAUGUUUGAGAGCAUUCAUAUGCUUCUCCGGUUCAGUGGAUUGGUGUCUACAGUAGCUGCCUGUAUAUCUGGAAGGGAAUAUCUCCUAAACGGCUUUUAACCCCUUUUAUGCCUGGGACAGCCGUUACAACGUGAUUGCUUUUUAAAUGUAUUUUAAUGACAUUGCAAUCCAGUUCAGUCCUGGCACAGCCAGGGCACCUAUUGUAUUAGAUAAACAGAAGCAAUCUCAUUUGUUCUCAUUUGGUUAGGGCCCUUUUCACCGCUUUCCUGUCAACUUUAUUUUGUCUGUAAAACACUUGCUGUAGUUGUAUAAUUGGAAAGUGCAGUUUGAUAUGUUGGCACUAUAUUUAUAUAAAUAAAUCAAUACAUCAUUAUAUCAAUAAAAUAGAAUAUAAAGUAACUUAAUAUUUAAAAUCAGAGUAAAUAAAAUUUCUCUUUUAAGGGAUAAAAAGUCUAUUUAAUAUUUGCUUGUUAAGCAUAUUCAAACCUCUAGGUCUAUCAUAUAAAUAAUUACAAAUAUUCACUUUUUUUUUUCUAGAUACUGAUGGCAAUGGUUAUAUAAGUCCUAAUGAAUUGAGUGAUAUGUUCAAAGCUGCUAACUUGCAACUUCCUGGAUACAAAGUGCGGGAAAUCAUUAAAAGCUUCAUGGAGACUGGAGACCAAAACAGGGAUGGAAAGAUUAGUUUUGAUGAAUUUAUUGCUGUAAGUUUCCACUGGCCUAGGAGAUCCAAUAAGUUCCAUGUUGAUGAACCUCAUGCAAGCAAUUUAACUUUAUUGUUCUGGUAUUUUGUCCCAUUUAUAUGCGGUGUUCCGAUACCAUCUGUCUUCUCUGUGUAGGGAUGAACAAAUGACAAUGAAAAUAGCUGUCUGUGGUUAUGUAUGUGGAGUGAAGAGGAACUUUUUAUGAUCUCUCUCCCCUAUAAUAUAUGCCAUUGUUAGGGUUGAUUGCUGCACCCACUUUAACCCCUUAAGGACACAUGACAUGUGUGACAUGUCAUGAUUCCCUUUUAUUCCAGAAGUUUGGUCCUUAAGGGGUUAAAUGAGCUGGUGUUUUCAAAUAGCACUUAUGGUCCACAAACGAAGUGGAGUGGUCAAGGGCAUUAUGGCAUAUUUGUAAGGUCCCAAGUUCCACUUUGCAGGGGUGCAUUUCCACUCACUGAUGGCUAGUGGGAAAGUUUGGGAAAGCGCUAUGUAACCAUACAGUACAUAAACAGUUGUCAUUUUUUUCUCCUAAUAUUCUUAGGUUAUUCAUGAUCUUAAAAGCUCAGAUGUUGCUAAAACAUUUAGAAAAGCCAUAAACAAGAAAGAAGGGAUUUGCGCAAUUGGUGGCACAUCUGAACAGUCUAGUGCUGGUACCCAACAUUCAUAUUCAGGUAAGAAUUUCCCAAAUCUUUAUUGAUUAGAAUAAUUAAAGGGACACUAUAGGCACCUAGACCACUUCAUCUCAUUGCUCCUGGGUGCAUCAUCCCCAUCCCACUUAGCACUGCAGUCUACCAAACAGCCUCUAGAGGCGCUUCCUGCUGUUUUAUGAAGUUUGACAUCUUGACCAUGUUGUUAACUUGACAAUGAUCACAUGUUGGUCAAAAUGUUGAUGCAUCUGUUUGUAUUGUACCUUCUUCUCUGAGUUAUUGAUUAAAGAAAGACUGAAGACCAUAUAGCUAACGAAAAGAAAGGAACUAGCAAUUAGUUCAGUAAUCACAAAUGGUAUGUCAAAACUACUGUGCUAUGAAAGGCUUGUCUAACCCUUGUCAUUAUGGGGUUAACUGAUAGAGCUACUGAAUGUAGGAUAUUUUUUUAUGGAAUGCAUUAUGUGUCACAGAAGGUCAUUAAAAUAUAGAUUUUUUUUUUUUUUUUUUACUGUUACAGAAGAGGAAAAGUAUGCCUUUGUAAACUGGAUCAACAAAGCGCUGGAGAAAGAUCCUGACUGCAAGCAUGUUAUACCCAUGAACCCAGAUACAGAUGACCUAUUCAAAGCAGUGGGGGAUGGAAUUGUACUUUGGUAAAUUAUCAGUUUUGUCUCUGACUCUGUUCUAAGAACAUUUUCAAUAAUUAGCAUUAGGGUUAAAGGGGCACCAUAGUCACCAGAACAACUACAGCUUGCUGUAUUUAUUCUGGUGAGUAUAAUCAUUCCCUUCAAACUUUUUGCUGUAAACAGUGUCUUUUCAGAGAAAAUGCAGUGUUUACAUUACAGCCUAGGGCAUUGAUGGCAAACCUGUGGCAUGCGGGCAUGCGUGCAUGCGUGUGUGUCUGUCAUGGUGUAUGUGUGUGUCUGUGUGUGUUUUUAAAAAUAGUGUUUUUACUCACCUUUUUUUUUUUCCAAUGUCAUGCUGGUCUCCCCUCGACUGGCUCUGCCUCUAUGACUAAGAUCACUAGGAAGCAAUGUAAACACUGCCUUUUCUCUGAAAAGUCAGUGUUUACAUUGAAAAGUCUGCAGGGACAGGCUAUAGCCACCGGAACCACUACAUUAAGCUGUGUGUGUGUGUGUGUGGGCGCGCGCCUGCUAGUGAGUGAGCUUGCUUGCAUGUGUGUGUGUGUGUGUGUCUGCUAGUGAGUGAGUUCGUGUUUUUAUGUCAUUGAGCUUAUGUAUAUCAGUGAGAUUGUUUGUCUAUGAGGCUGUGUAUUAAUGAGCUUUUGUGUGUCAGUGAGAUUGUCUGUGUCUGCAUGUGAGUAUGCUUACUGUAUAAUUAAAUGUUUUACUCUGAAAGGGCCAAUAUUUUAUAUGAGCAAAAGCAAUAUAUAUAUAUAUCUAUUUAUAUAUAUAUAUAUAUUACUCAAUCAUCAUGGGUGGCAAGACAUUGCCUUACAUAUUACAUGCGACAAAAUAUGGCGCAAUGACUUAUGGGGCUGUCAUAGAUUUUUUUUUCAGGGCUGCUUUGUAUCUCCAGUCCGGCCCUGCUGUGUCCCCCGUCUCCCUCCCCCCCCCAUCCUCCCUUUCACCAGGUAUGAAAAAGGGAGGGGGGAAACUGAUAUAUUAUACUUUUUAAAUGUAUUUCUUUAAUGUAACACAGCACCACUAACCCCCCACACAGCACCCUACCCCCACCCACACACACAGCACACCUACCCUCCAUGCACAGCAUCCCUACCCCCCACACAGCACCCUUACCCCCACACACAGCCCACUACCCCCACACACACAGCACCCUUACCCCCACAUACAGCACCCCUCCUACACACACACAGCACCCCUCCCCGUCACACAAACAGCACCCCUCACACACAGCACUCCACACACACACCCUUACACACAAACACAUACACUGCACCCCUCAAUGCAGUAUAUGUGUGUGUGUAUUCAGCAGUCUUUAUGUAUUCAGCAGUGUGUGUGUGUGUGUAUGUAUUCAGCAGACUGUGUGUAUAUAUUCAGCAGACUGUGUGUACUCAGCAGUCUGUGUGUGUGUGUACUCAGCAGUGUGUGUGUAUGUAUUCAGCAGUGUGUAUGUGUCCAGCGGACUGUGUGUGUGUGUAUGUUUGUGUGUGUGUAUUUAGCGGACUGUGUGUAUGUAUUUAGCAGUCAGUCUGUGUGUCGGAGUGUGUAUGUAUUAAGCAGUCGGUGUGUGAAUGUGUUCAGCAGUCUGUGUGUAUGUAUUGCAUUUGUUGGAGAUACUAAUAAUUAUAAGCUUAAAUUUACCUAUUCAUAUCAUUAUUUAAAAUUUGUAUCAUUGAACUGUCUGUUGUGUUCUUCUUUUAAAACAAAAUAUGUUAACUAGUUCGGACAACUGUACGAGUUGUUUUUUUCUAAACUUAAACCUCAAUAUUCAGGUUUAAUUGCCAUGUUGGCACUUUGAGGGAAAAAAAAGUUGGCAUGUAUUGCGGUUUGGGCACUUGGGCUUAAAAAGGUUCGCCAUCACUGGCCUAGGGAUACCUCAACUGGCCACUCCUCAGAUGGCUGCUAGAGGUGCUUCCUGGGACAGUGCUGCACAGUAUGCAGCACUAAACAUCAGUGUCUCCAUCCUCUGCAUGCAGACACUGAACUUUCCUCAUAGAGAUGCAUUGAUUCAAUUGAUCUGUAUUAAGAGAUGCUGAUUGGCCAGGGCUGUGUUUUGCUUGUGCUUGCUCUUUCCCUGAGCUCCCUACUUGACAGUCUCAGCUAAUCCUAUGAUAAAGCAUUGUGAUUGGGUUCCGUUCAACACUUCUGAGGAUGUCAGCCAACCAGACAGUUUAGGGGCAGAGCCAGCAGCAACAGACUGCAAUAUAUUUUGCUAUAUUUAGGGCAUCAAGAGGGUGGUUAUAACACUAUAGGGUCAGGAAUACGUUUGUUUUCCUGACCCUAUAGUGUUCCUUUAACCAGAUAUACAAUGUUUCCUGGUCACUUAAAAGCUAUUCAUGUAGAUCGAUUGGCCUGUACUACAUAACAUUCAGAUGCUGAAGUCGGGAAACCAAUUAAAGAAACACUCCAGAUACAUAAAUCACUUUAGUUUGCUGAAGUGCUUUAUGUGUCUAUCAUUUUUUUUUUAUAUUAUCAAUGAGCCGUAAUACAUUGGAAAGCUGUGAAGCAUGUGCACACUUGCAGCUCCAGCACAAAGGCUUUUCAAUUAAAAACCACUGAUUGGUCAGUCUGCAGCACAGACAGAAAGUCUGUACCUGGGAUAAAGGGGAGGGCUUGCAAAGACUGCAGACAGCAGGUCUGCAGUUUUUUUCAAGCUGUUUGUUUCACAAACCCCCAAAGAAAACAAACCACAAAAUACAUACAUGUUUUCUUUGGGGGUAUAUCUACUAAAUAUACAAAAAAAAAGAAAGAAAAAGAAACAAUCAGUAGAAUGUUCCUUUAACAAGGCAGUUCGUUGGAGAUCCCUUCUUGAUUAAUGAACUGAUCUCAUCGCUAUAGUAUAUGUAUUCUCCAUACGGUACCAUAUUAUAUAAUAUAUAUAUCGAAUGGUAUGCUAUAGCUAUUUAUUAUCAUUUAGAAAAGUGAAAUCUUUACAGGGUUUAUUCAUUAAACACCAAAUUGUAGUGAAUUGAAGACCAAUGUCAGUUUUUUUGCAAAAUAUCCUGUGAUGUUAGUUGAGUUGGUGAGUUUUUAAAAAUCAACACUUUUUAAGCAUGUUUUGCUAUUUUGUUUCAAUCCAUUAAAGUUCACUAUAAUAAGAGAAAAAAUCAAUUUUGUCUUUGAGGUUUUUAGUUUUUCCCCUCUAAUAACAAUUUAAUAAUGUGUUGUGUAUGUUAUCCAUAGUUAAUGCAUCACUUGUUCUGGUUGGGUUACUAUAAUUAUGUUAUCAUGAUUAAUAUUGACCCCAGAAAAUGUUCAAUCUAAAUAUUUUUUAAAGAAUAUUUACAUUUUAUUUUCAGCAAAAUGAUUAACCUUUCUGUGGCAGACACCAUUGAUGAAAGAGCUAUCAACAAAAAGAAGCUCACACCUUUUACCAUCCAGGUAUAGAUGAAAAUCAGGGGAGGAAUAUUAAAUUAAAGAGCAAUUGUCAUUUUUUAUAUUAUGUGUACUUAUGCCAUGUAUUUAUAAGGUUUGAAAAUGUAACUUACAUGUAGAAAUCCCCACUCCUUUAACCUGCCACUGGGAGAAUCCACCUUAGUGCCCUUUCAAUGUUUGUUAACAGAAAAGGAGAACAGGAAAAAAAGGAGAGAUUCAUUCAAGAUUGUUAAAAAGUGGCUCAGCUGUUUUCGUGCCAAUAUUUUGUUGUACUUUCUGUUUACUUUAAUAUUUUCCUUUGCGCCAUUCGGACAAGUUGGUUCCCAGUAUAUAAAGUUGGAGGUAACAGUUUUAUGCAUAAGAAAAUGGUGUGUUUUGAUGAUCCCUUCGUUAUUGAGUUACUAUUCACUUAUCUGUAAAUAUUUUGCACAUUGACAUGGAAAGUGCAAAUUUUGGGGUCAAAAUAACCUCUAUAAACAUAGAUAAAUUGUAGAAUAAUUUACAUUUGCCUUUGUUGGCCAAAAAUCUCAAUUGAUGGUUUCGUGAAUAUACCACUAUACAUUUGUCGGAAUAACUUUGCCUGCUGCCAGAGAUACUGAUUCUUCGCUACGCUUCUCAAAGGUGGAUCAUGAAUGAUCAAUAAUAGAGCUAUGAAAUUCUUAGCACUUAUCCUAUCUUUCGUGUUAGCUAUAUAUUUGCCUAGCGUCAUUCUUCAGGUUUUAGAAUUGUGCAUUUCAGAAUUCUAUCUCUAUACGCAUGCACUAUUAACUAUAAACAAUUUAUAUUUUAACUGCUAGACCAGGUUGCAGGUGGUAAUGCACUAACUCUAAGGUUCCUUAGUUAGACAUUCCUUCUAGCAUUGCCUUACUGUAAAUUUGAAGAUUACAACAUCGUUGAUUACCCCAGAGCUUCCGUUUUACAGGCACGUGAGGCAAUUGUCUGGAUUGCCAAAUAAGGUCAACCCUGUCUGAAGCCAUAUCAGAGAAACAUCUUUUUUAUUUUCUCUGAGAUGUAAACAAAUGUGAAAAAUAGAAGAUACAUAGUUGGAGUUGGAUAAGAUCUUUAGAUCAGCUGGAAAAUGUUUGUAUGUUCCCUUGGCCUAAAUUAGAAAUACCCUUUGAUACAGCUUUAAGGUUAUUCACUACACGUCAAACUGUGUCAAGUUAGUGAUUACAGCUCAGUUACAGAAUUUCUCUAAAUCAGCUAUGUUUACUUGAAAUUUGCAAUUUUAAUUUGCAAAUCCACCUGGAGGUCAUUGGUUAAUGUCAACGGGAAUACUUCAGAAAUGUGAACGUGCUUACAAAGAAGUCUGAUGGUUCUCAUAAUUUAUCUGCCUGUCAACUGCUUUUCAAUGUUGAUGGUUAAGGUUUGCCAGAAUAUUAAGUGAUUUUCGUCUAAUAUUUACAUCUUUCUGCACAACCAGGAAAAUCUGAACUUAGCUCUGAAUUCUGCUUCGGCUAUUGGCUGCCAUGUGGUAAACAUUGGUGCUGAAGACCUGAAGGAGGGAAAACCCUACUUAGUCUUGGGACUUUUGUGGCAAAUUAUCAAGAUUGGCCUGUUUGCAGACAUCGAGCUCAGCCGUAAUGAAGGUGAGAAGGCGUAUGUAUGACAGUGUCACACUAAACAAAGAUAGAAAAAUGACUGGUUUGAUUUAACCCCCUAAGGACACAUGACAUGUGUGACAUGUCAUGAUUCCCUUUUAUUCCAGAAGUUUGGUCCUUAAAGGGACACUAUAGAAACUGAAACAACUUUAGCUUGAUGAAGCAGUAUGUUUAAUAUAGAAUUUCCCAUCUCCUGCUCUGUUAAUUGCCUUUAGUGAUCCUCUUGUAUGUGAUUGAAGUUCAAUUUACAGAACAGGACGUAAAAACCUCUAAAGCAAGUAAACAUCUGAUUGAAAAUGAAACCGUUUUACUAGUCUUGGUUGUGUUAGUCUAGCACUGCAUAAACAAAGUGAUUUAACUCCUAAAUGGUAGAUAAUUGAGCAGUGAGAUUGCAGGGACAUGCUCUAUACACUAAAACUGCUUCAUUAAGGUAGAAUUGCUUUGAUGCCUAUAUUAUCACUUUAAGGAUGUGCCUGUUGCACACACAGUGAGUCAGUAAGAUGGAACCAAUAUGCAAGUGCUUAGCUUCCACCAGCACCGGCCCGUCCAUAGACCUCGGUGCUGUACCUGUCAUAAUCUAAAACAGGAGUUCCCAAUCCAUGGUGGCGGUACAGCAGCACCGCACGGGUUGGGAACCUGUGUGAGGGUCUAUCGGGUGGCCCAAAUGGGAGUAUAGCGCUAUUAAAUCUAGGCUUACACCUCAACAGAUUUAGGGAGAUAAAGUUGCUUACAUAAAAUAAAAGAGAAGAAAAAACACUAAUAGUGUAACUCUGUCAAUAAAGUGACUCAGUGUAAUAGGUAUUGAAUCCAAACUCACAUUUUUCAGAGCCUUUUUAGAUACAGGAUUUAAAUAUCACACUUGUGUGCACUUCCCAGGUGACAACCAGACCUUUAAACUCUCCAAUUUUUCAGAUUAUGGUGUCCCCAGCUGAGAAAAGCUUAAUAAUAACAGAAUCUGGGUGUAGUAUUUUUGCAUUCACAUGAAUAAAGGAGAUUGCAAAUCUUAUGGUAAAAUUGCUCACCUUUUUCAGAGCCUGUUACCUGACUCUGAGUGUAAAAACAUUGUAUCAGCUUUUGGGGUGAUACUGCCCCCUUUAAAUUCAGGAAUCACAGGGAAAAACCAAAGAUUCAGGAUCGAUGUAUAAAUUCAAGUACUAUAUUUAUUAAACAAUAAAAACACAAUAAAAAGUAUAAGAAAUUACUGAUCCUAGAGUCCUUCUUUCGCCAAGACGCCUUUCACCCUCCGUGGGCUUUCUCAAUCGGCAUGUUUUUCAUUCUAUUGACAGUACCGUUUCAGGUGCUCAUGGGGUCCGCCUCUUGUAACCCUGCUGUCCAAUGAUUUUGUCCGUAUUCUAAUUACAUGUGGUAAUCACCUGGUAAUUAUUUAUUAUCAGGACAUCUUUCAAAUUUAUCCGGCACAUAAAUUCUGGUUCCUAAAAACUACAUGGACCGUGAUGCUUUAUGCUAUAAGAGAAUACGUAUUGGUCACAGGUGCCGUAACGUCAUUUCCUACUUGCAUCUAUUCCUACAGUACCCAUCAUGCUUUACAGGAUUUUAUCCUUUGUUUGUUUUAUUCAUUCGGCUGUCAGCUUUUGUAUAGGUUCAAGGUUGUCUCCAUGAAUUUGGGAAGAAAAAUGAAAGAAUAAAACAUAUAAUCAGAUUACCAAACAUAUAGAAAACACAAAUAUAAAUAUACUUUUUAAAUUAAAUUAUUGGUUGUUUUAGGUGGUGGGUAUAUCACCUAAACACUCAGUUUUGUAUUAUGUGUGUGUUUUAUAUGCUGGGUUUGUGGAGAGCCCAACUGAGUGUCUGGCAGCUACUGUACACUAUGAUUUUAUUAAGCGCCUGUCAAUACCUCUUUCUGUUUGUUUCAAAUUUUACACUGAUACACUUGCAGAUAUACAGACACAGAUACAAUUGCACAUACAUACAGACACUCAGACACAAAUACUGUCACACAUGCAGAUACAUAGACAAACAGGUACAAUCACUGACACAUACACAAACACUGACAUACAUGCAUAUACACAGACACAGUGUAUAGGUAAGUGUAUUGGCUGUAGUGCACGCACAGGCACACACCUCACUCGCAGCACACACACAGACACAAACUUUAUCCCCAGCACAUCCACAUAGAGACACUACCAUUGCAGAAGCAUAUAUAUGUUUUCUUGGGGAGGGAAGGAGGGAGGGAGGGUGGGUAAGAGGGCAGAAUUUUAUCCUUGGAGCCAGGCAGGAUAAUGUCUUGGGCCGGCCCUGGCUUCCACCACAAUAAAAGUGAUAAUCAUUAUAACGCAUCAUAACACCACCCUCUCAAACAAUAUAGCAUAAAAUACUUAGUUAAUACAAUUUCCAAUAAAUAAAAUGUAUUUUUAGAAAUUACAUUUGUAAUAAAAGAACAAGUAAAACAUAAUAGUAUGUGAUAACAAAAAAUAUGCAAUGGACCAAUAUAUAUAUAUUUCUAACUUUAGUUGCAUAGUGAAGAUAUUAUAUCUAUUUUCUUUAUCUGGGGCAGCUCUGAUUGCUCUCUUGCGAGAAGGAGAAAGUCUAGAGGAUCUGAUGAAGCUUUCACCAGAAGAACUGCUUCUGAGAUGGGCCAACUACCACCUGGAGAAUGCCGGUUGUAACAAAAUCAAUAACUUUAGCACAGACAUCAAGGUGAGUGCUCUCAACAGUCUAUACAACAUUCUAAACAACAUUUGAAAUUGCUAAACAACAGUCACAUUUUGAAAGAAGGAACCAUAUAUAAUAUAUAGUAUUAAUAAUUGUGCGAAUGUGACUAGGUGGGUGUAUCUGACUGAAUUGUUAUUUGACUGAGGAUCUGACAUAGGUUUCGUUAUAUGGGAAGUUAAUGACGUAGAGGUGAGUUAGAGUAUGUGAGAGUAUGUAUGAGGGGGUUAAUGAUUUGGAGGUGAGUUGGUGUGUGAGAGAGUGUAUAGGGUGGUUAAUGACUGGGAGGUGAAUUGGAGGUUAUCUAACAGGGUAUAUGAAGGUUAAAGUCUAAAAAGUCUGGGGUAGGGGUGUGGCAUGAUGUAUGUGGAGGAAUGACUUGGAGGUGGUCGAGAACCUAAAACGCUACUCUCUUAAGUAGUUGAAUGUUCCUCCUGUCAAUCAAAAACAGCAGCAAGCUGUUCUUCCUGUGUGCAUUGCUUGGCUGCAAUGUAUAUUGGCAGAGUGGAGGCCACAAGUUGUAUAGACUUUAUUUAAAAAAAUAAUAUCAAUUGUUAUGCCAAUCGUUUGGCCUCUUUGUGAUCAACGGUGCUGGCAGCCUUGACUUGGCUUGCCUGACUACAUAUUAUAAAGAUAAAGGUCAUUGUGUUUAUUGGCAGCAACAUUAAAUAAAUACAAAUAAAUUGUUCAGUAAAAGAUUAUACCAUUAAUAGAUUGUAACAGGGGUUUUUCUAAAGAUAAAAUAAACAAAAGGAAAUUAAAAUGAAUAACAUACAGGAAAUUAAAAUAGAUUAAAUAAUGGACUUUCAAUAUCGGGCGAAACACUAAUAUAUAAUAAAAACUGAAAGUGUAACAGUGAUUGGAUUUCCAUUUUGGUGUUCUACAUCAUUUAAAAGUGGAUUUUUUAGAACAUUCAAUAUGUCGAUAUGUUGUUUUACAGAUUUGAUCAAGGCCUGUAACACCUGUGUAGAGGAAUCUUAUAAUUCGUAGCAGAAUGGUGCUAUUUUUGUAUUUAUUAAAAAAAAAAAAAGUAGAAAUGGGUAUGACAUGAAUGCAUGCCAAUAAAAUAUAGUGUAAAACAAGCUUUGGAAAAGAGCUGAAAUAAUCUAUAAUGAUUACAGGUGCCACUCAAGCAGGUUAAUAAACUGUAGUGGAGGACAAAAACUGGACAUCACUGGCAGGCUUACUUCUUUUAAGUUAUUUUUUUUUUUUUUGUUAAAGGAUCACUAUACAGUCAGGAACACAAACAUGUAGUGUUAAAAAAAAACAUCUAGUCCCCCUUGCUCCCCUUUAUAUAGUAAAAAUCUUACCUUUAUUCCAGUCUACUGCUGGCUUUGCCACUGAUCUGCCUCCGUGGCUGACAUCAUCAGAUGUCUUGAUCAAAGCCAAUAACAAUGCUUUCCCUUGAAAAGCAUUGGAUUGGCUGAGAGUGUCAAGAAGGCAGAUCAGGGGCAGAGCUUGCCCAAGCCAAACACAGCCCUGGCCAAUCAGCACCUCCUCAUAGAGAUGCAUUGAAUCAAUGCAUCUCUGUGAGGAAAGUUCAGUGUCUCCAUGCAUAGGCUGGAGACACUGAAUGUCAGUCACACUGUGCAGCACUGCUGCAAGAAGCACCUUUAUAAGCCAUCUGAGGAGUGGCCAGUGGAGGUAUCCCUAAGCUGUAAUGUAAACAUUGCAUUUUUCUGAAAAAUAACUGUGUCUACUGCAAAUAGAACACAUACAAAAUACUGUAGUUGUUCUGGUGACUACAGUGUCCCUUUAAAUUAAAAAAUGAAAUAAUUAAAAACAAAUUAAAUAAAGCAUAUUUAAUAAUCGCGUGUUUUGCAUGUUAAUAAGACAAUGAUUUUCAUUAAAAAGCAAACAGCAACUCCACUACAUCAGUGCAUUAAGCUAUCAGUGGUCUAUUAACAUGAGCAUAAGUAAUAUCUAUCAGGGUAGCACAAUUAGAGUCCUGUAGUUUUUUAUUUUGAAAUAUUGCUUCCUGUGUGUUUCUAGGUAUGGCUACGGUUCCUCCAAUGGUAUUGUGCUCACUGCACACAUGAGCUCAGCUCUCUGAAUUAGAAAAAGUGAUAGAAUCCUGUUUGCUUCUAAAGAUAAAGUACUGAAAUGUGUAUGUUUUAUCUUCAUAUUUACCAGGACUGCAAGGCCUACUACUACUUACUUAAUCAAGUUGCUCCAAAAGGGGAAGAAGAAGGUGUUCCUGCCAUUGACAUUGAUAUGACAGGUCUAAGGGUAAGGCUGGUUUCUUCUAUAACUAUAGUGGUAUUUAAGGAUGAAUAACAGAAUUAUAGGACACUUGUCAUUCAUUUAAUUAAGCUGAAUUCAUAAAUCAUAGCUGUAGUUUGGUUAACUUCCUCUUCAAUAUGAUACACUCAUUUCACUGUAAAUGCAAUUGUUUAUAUAACCGGUUUAGUGUAUUUUAGAGGUUUAUUAUAACUUUCCAGUGAUUUGUUAAUGUUAAAAGUAUAUAUUGGGCAACAUGUUCGUACAGAGCUGCUUUCAAAAGCCCCCGAUGGAAUUAGGUAGUUUGAUCUUGUUCAAGGGUUUCAAUCUGAAACUAAAUGCAAGACUACAAUGUCUGAUAAAUGGAAACUGAACAUCCUUGGUUAAAGAAUUAGACUGUGUUUGUGAAUUACACUAGUUAUCAUGUUUCAGUGCUAGCCAUCAACUGCUUCAGCAAAGAUUUCUUUAACGUCUUUCCUCUUCCCACAGGAGAAAGAAGACCUAAAAAGAGCAGAGUGUAUGUUGGUUCAGGCAGACAGGCUGGGUUGUCGUCAGUUUGUUACUGCCACAGAUGUUGUCCGUGGAAAUCCAAAGCUUAAUUUGGCUUUUGUCGCAAAUCUUUUCAAUAAAUACCCGGCCCUACAGAAACCAGAAAACCAAGAUAUUGACUGGAGCUCUAUUGAAGGUAAAACUAGAAAAGUAGUUCAUAAAAAUAUAACAGCAGUCUGGCUGCAUAAACCUAAUUUAUCAGACAGAGUCUGUAUUCUCAACUACAGCAUACUUCCUGUAUUAUACAUUCACACUACGCUCUUACGGCUCAGCCUUUUUCCCUCUCAAAACUUAUUUCCUGAUCUUCACUUCCACCUUGUGUAACAAUCCCAAGUACCUCUUUAAUAUCUAGUAUUCACUACUUCACCCCAAUACACAUGCCCCUAAAACUAAUAUCACAGCUAACUUUGUUAUAUAGCUACAUAAUAAUAUAUGCUGAAAAACGAGUGGCUCACGCAUUUCUAUUUCUGUAGUUUGAUCCAAGAAAAAAUAAAAAUAAAACAAUUUAGAGUGAUUUUCAUUUGUACCAAGAAAUGGGAAUAUAAACCUUUUUGACUCCAAAAUGACAAUGGGAUUUUCCUUCAUUCAAUAAUCUAUUCAUCCAGACUUUUUCGUAAAAUAGUGAAUAAUCUGAUAAAAUUACAUUUUUAAGAAGAGUCGUUUUGACUUCUUUAGCCCAAAUCAUCUUUCUUGUAGUCUACACAACCUCUUGCCAUUGUACAAAUCUAGUACAAAACAAUAUAUAUACACACAGACAUAUAUACAGCUAUUUUGGUACAAUUAUGGUACUGAUAAGCGAUUGGGUUAAAAGCUUUUAUGUCACAAAGAUGGCAUUAAUUAGUUCUUUUGAGACAAAGAUGGCACUGGGAAGCUGUAUGUGGACAUAUAUGGCACUUAAAAGCUUUUGGGGGGCAAACUGGCAUUGUAGGAAGUGGGUGACAUGUUACUUGGUGAAGAUGGUGGCCCAAAAAGCUGGAGUGGUUUCCACAGAAAAUUGGCGUGGUUAGAAAUGUUGUUUGUAAAGGCUAAGAGUUAGCAAUAACUAGCCAAAUUUCGAUAUUUACUCCUCUAGAGAUUAUUUUAUUUUCUGUUCAUUACAGAAUGACAUAAUAUUUCGGAAAAACUGCAGCCAAUAUUUAAUUGCUGUAGCCCUUUAAAUCACAGUCCCAUUUUAAUUUUAUAUUGUUUCAUUUACCUUAGAUAAUAUUAUAAAAGUGUUUACUACGGUACUAUAUAUAUAUAAACAUAUAUAUAUAUAUAUAUAUAUUACCGUAUAUAUAAUACCGUAGUAAACACUUACCGUAGUAAACACUUUUAUAUACAUACAUACAUAGUAAGCAAAAGCUUGUGAAACUUCAUUGCACAAAUUCAGUACUUGACUUUGAUUGGAGAACAUUUAUGAAUACUGAACUUUUCAAAAAAUAUUAUGUUUUGUUUUUGUUGAAACAUCACUUCUGUUAAGUAGCUACAUUGUCAACAAAAUGUUGUCUUCAGAAGAGGAAGCUAAGGACUUCCUUUUCUGAAGAGGAAGUUAAGAUUCCCACACCAACUACAGCAUUUACCACAUUCAUUGUAAAUUCAAAGGGAGGGCUAUCAGAAAAUAAUUAAUUAAAUGAUUUGUAACAUCAACUACAGUGUACCUGCAUUGUACUAGCUUCCAAUACUUAAUUACAACUGGGAUACGUGCGAGUUAAAACCAGUUUGGAAAAACAAACGUUACGCCAGGCAUCAGUCUCACGGCACCAUGCACGGGUCAGGUCCUCACUUUACGGCUGCAUUUUGUCUAAUCUGUUCUAAAACCAUUGCAUGUUCAUGCAUAUCAUUCGUUUAAACUCACUUGUUUAUAUCUGUCACUGGCUCAUUUCGAGCAUUAGCAUACCCCGAACGGGAACACAUUCUGUUUUAAUUGCCUAAACAUACUAGGCAAUUCUGUGCGUGCAUUUCGAAUCUCACUGCUCAUUUCAUUUUGUUUCACUGACAUACCUGGCUCACGGUUCGUGCAAUUUUCUAUCAAACGGGAACGAGUUCAUGCAUUUACUAUUGUACUACACACACGUUUUGUGUGUUUACAACCCACGAACAGAACUUUGGUUUGUUACUAUGACUGUUAUUAAGCUAUUAUGUUCACAUAUUGUAUAUUGUCAAACGGGCACUGUUCAUUUCCCUGUCAUACAACUAUAAUGCUGGGGUAUAGCUCACGAACAAUGUUUCACAUAAACCACACUGACCCCUACAGGUCACUUUCAAAAUAUCACUUUAACCUUGCAUUUGGAUUAAAGGGUAUUUUUACCAUACAAUCAGCAUUUCUGACCCCUACUGGUCAACAUCAAAACUGUCUUCACAUGUCAUAUACAAUUUACUAGCCAAUAUAAAUUACACAUAAGAUUGUUUUAAACAUAACCAUAAACCAUAAAUUAAACUCCAGCACGGGCUCAACUUCAGGUUUAAUUCACAAUAAUUUACAUUUCACAUCAAGACCAACAGUGGUUCUAUCAACACUGCCACCUACAGGUCUGUCAAGUACAUUGACAAUUUUCAUGGGGUUUUACAAACACCAAAACACUAACCCCUAUCACAUACCAAUCAGUAUCCAACUACACUGCCACCUAUAGGGCACUCGGCAGAUCUCCAGUGCACUUGCAUUUUGCAACACCAUGUUCACCAACCCCUACCAUUCAAUAAGACAUACAACAAUUCACAAAGCAAUUAGUAUAUCAACAUCUGGUAUAAAUACACAUAUUAUUACACAGUAGCAGACGCAUCUGCAUUUACGCAACUGGUAAUAUAGUUCACAUACAUUUUUCACAGCACGCUGCUCACACAACAGACUUUCCCCUAGCUAGGGGACAUACAACAUACAAGGUGGGGACAGACUACUUUUUCAUAUGUACAUAAGGCACUUAAUGGGUUAAGAUUGAUACAUAUUUAACCAGUAUAGCUACGAUGUUUAAUAUUUACACAUCACGGCACUUUACUUUUCACAUAUACUGUGCGUAUUAAGAUAAGCUUGGUCUAUGCCAUAUUUCCUUAUGCCAUACGGUUUUAUCCAUUCAGGUUACAGUUACUACUAAAAAACCUAUCCAGAUUGUCAGGUUCAAUACCAUACUAACAGGUACAUACACCUGCUCACGUAGUUAUCCAUCUCUUACCUUCCCUGGAAUAGUAAUAGCGUACUGGCAAUUAGGGUUCUAGGGCCCAAUAGGUAUUACCCCCUUUUUUCUCUGCAUUACACUUCGGUUAGUGGUCCCGCGAGGCCAACACCCUGCCUCACACAUUUGGAGGCAUACACCCCUCGGGCCACUCGUGAGCUAGCCGCCUCGCAUUGUAUCAUAGAAAGGGCCUCACCUGUCACUCCCCUUCCUAUUUUCUGGUUACUGUCACCGAGAGGCCAACAUCCUGCCACAACGUUCGGUGGCCACACAAAAUCCCCUCGCGCCAAGCAUAGAUAGAGCCUCUCAAGCCACUUGGCAACUAAUGGGGCCUCACUAGUCACCAAAAAACACCAAGCCUAAAUGUUUCGCCUUACGGCUUAGCUAGCAAGCCAGUACAAGACCCCUGGGUACAAAUAAUAAUUGCAAUCUUUAUUAUUAUUUAAGUAUUUCUCAAAAAGAUGGUGAAGAAUCACCUCUUCCUAGCACCCCGGCUAGAAGUGAUACACCUUCAGGCAGAAGAGAUGUUGCUAGUCCAGCAGCAAUCAGAUCCUGGACGAUGCCACACAUUACAACCGACCUAAGGAGGCGACAAAUCCCCUACCCUGCCACAGCAAGGAAAGCAGAGUUAUUCAAACUCCUCCAAACAUCAACAGACAACACGGAGGCAGGGGAAGGCCCAGCAACACCAACUCAGGUGACACCCAGGCCAUGCUAGCCUCACUCAUAAACUCAUGAGCCAAAAAAUUUACGACAGACUGGCAAUCUCGAGUCGGUCACCACAGCCCUCACAAGGCAUAUAUAUGUAUAAUAAUGUAGCUGUGAUGGUCAGAUCCAGGGAUUCCAGGUAAAUCGGGAACUGACCAUCGCUUGGUUGUGUUGGCAUUUGGAAUAUGUAGAGAUGUUUAUUUGUGCAGGUACCCAUACAGAAGGGAUUUUGUCCCAAACAAACGGACGAGCACUCUCAGGCUCCAGGUACCAGCCCCUCUGAACUACCAGAGACAAUUGGUAUGGGUAGUUGCAUUGCAUAUAGACUGUUGCAUAUAUGUUCAAAUGAUUCAGGGUACAUGACAAACCAUGUGUCCAAAUACAACUUACAAAAAAAAAUAAAAUAAAAAAAAAACGUACUCAUCAUCUGAACACACCAAUGCAUUUUCAACACUACUGACUCAUCACCCUUCCAGACUUCUAGUAGAUUUACUAAAGCUCUGGAGCUUCAAAGGGCUCCCAUACAGGUAUCAUAAAUACACCUUCAAGGACUAUAGCAUGCCCUCACUUACAGUCAGCACAACAGAACCAUCGGCUGCAAACACACUCAUAGCCAAGAUUUGCAGAGGGGUUUUAACUUGGGUUUUCCAAUCUCCACCAUUUACAGCAUGGCGCCAAACACAAACACAUUGGUAUUGUCACAAGGAAAUCUUCCCUUAAACAAAGACUAACCAUAGACUUAUUGGCAACACACACCUCCGCUACCCCAAGUCUCAACAACCUCAUACCCUCCGAGGAGUUUCUUUACUAUACAACACCAUUGAUCUACCUUUACAGCUAUCACUCAAGCAUUGGUUGAAGCUUGGUUAAGUAAGACCAAUAUCAUCAACACAGUAAACGGCUACCAUCUACCCUACACACUGGCACUUACAUGGCAUAAAAUGGGCAAUCCUUUCCCCGCUCAACUUUUGGGCUACAGAUUAGCCUACUAUCGAUAUUUGCAGAUACUCUGUGCUGGUUAUGAUAACAUAUCCAGAGGCCUUACAGUCAUAUACUAUCUAGAAGACUUCUUGUUGAUCAAAGAUAACAUAUUUUCACUAGAAGCCUCACGGCAACUUAGUCUGGCUGACCACUUGGGCGUCCCAGUACCCCAUAAGAAACAGAAGGCCCAGACACUAUCAUCACAUUACUGGGCAUACGACUUGAGUCGGCAUCCAUACACGCAAGUUACCAUAAGACAAAUAGGGAACAUUCUCAACUACAUCAAUCACUACCUCCUGCUUAGUUCUUACAACCGCAAGGAACUACAAUACCUACCAGGUUCCUUAAUUUUGCCAUGAAAGUCAUACCACAAGACCAUGCCUCAUCCAGAGUACUUUGCCCUUUUUUCCACACUUCCAACAUGACACUUCCCUAGACACCCCAGCCACAGCAGACCUGCACAUGGGGGGGGAAUUUCUUAACCACUUGGCAUGGUAAAAGCAUGUUCCUUCCAGGAUUGUCUGACACUUCUCCAACCAGAUGGUCAGAGGCGGCGUCUAUCACGGGUCUGGCAUCGAUCAACUGGGAACGAUUGCUUUGGAGCUGUUGGCCACGGCAUCCAGGUUUGGAAAUCUUUCCACCACCUGAGCCCCUUUGGGGGAUCUACCCCAUUGUAGCAGCUGCUGUGGCAUGGGGUAAAUCAUGGUCAGGGUCAUCAAUCCGUUGUUACUCAGACAACUAAGCACAUGUCAUAUCAUCAACAAACGCCACUCAUCAUCUAUACGAUCAUGAUAUUUCUGGGGAACUCACUUGGUUGGCCACUUAUCACAUUUCUUUUACUUUCAUGUACCAGGCGGGGCUAUACAUCCUUGCCGACAAUUGUCUCAUUUAUAUUCAUACGCUUCCUACAGCUGCCCAUACAUUCACGGCCACUAUUUCGUUCCAGAGGCAAAAUCAUGAAUUAGACAUACUCAUGCAGCAUAGCAUGCACUAUCCCACCUAGCACUUUUGUCCCAUACUUGUAGAAUGCAUAACACAGCUUUUCACCUGGCUUAAAGAAUCUCAUUGGAACACGACAUAGCUCAACCUGUGUCAUAACAUUUCUCCUAGGUUUUGCUUCUUUUUGCCACCUUAAACUAAAAUUAUCUCACACACCAUUAAUUAUAUAUUUUACAGGCAUUCAACAACACAGGAUAACCUAUGGCCAAAACUACCAUAACUUCAUGCUAUCAUACCAGAUAAGAAUAUACUCAGAGGUUUUCAGGAAUCCAUUCCCCCACGUUCGUCUCAGAGAUUACCAAUAGCCAUCCAACUUUUCCAUCCUUAUCGGACCUAUUAGAUCUACAACCAUUCAAUUAUAUUACAAUUAUAGGCUUAUCAAUAAACUGCAAUCUUUAAGUUUGGAUUCCAAUAUUGUUGAAUGGGUAAGGCAGUGGCUGAGUGACAGGCAACAGAGGGUUGUAGUUAAUGGAAUAUAUUCGAAGCUUGGACUUGUCACCAGUGGGGUGCCUCAGGGAUCUGUACUUGGACCCAUUCUCUUUAAUAUUCUUAUUAGUGAUACUGCAGAAGGUCUUGAUGGUAAGGUAUGUCUUUUUGCUGAUGAUGCUAAGAUAUGUAACAAGGUUGAUGUUCCAGGAGGGAUAAGCCAAAUGGCAAAUGAUUUAGGUAAGCCAGAAAAAUGGUCAGAAUUGUGGCAACUGACAUUUAAUGUGGAUAAGUGCAAGAUAAUGCAUCUUGGACGUAAAAACCCAAGGGCAGAGUACAGAAUAUUUGAUAGAGUCCUAACCUCAACAUAUGAGGAAAGGGAUUUAGGGGUGAUUAUUUCUGAUGACUUAAAGGUAGGCAGACAAUGUAAUAGAGCAGCAGGAAAUUCUAGCAGAAUGCUUGGUUGUAUAGGGAGAGGUAUUAGCAGUAGAAAGAGGAAGUGCUCAUGCCAUUGUACAGAACACUGGUGAGACCUCACUUGGAGUAUUGUACACAGUACUGGAGACUGUAUCUUCAGAAGGAUAUUGAUACCUUAGAGAGGGUUCAGAGAGGGGCUACUAAACUGGUUCAUGGAUUGCGGGAUAAAACUUACCAGGAAAGGUUAAAGGAUCUUAACAUGUAUAGCUUGGAGGAAAGACGAGACAGGGGGGAUAUGAUAGAAACAUUUAAAUAUAUAAAGGGAAUCAACACAGUAAAGGAGGAGACUAUAUUUAAAAGAAGAAAAACUACCACAACAAGAGGACAUAGUCUUAAAUUAGAGGGACAAAGGUUUAAAAAUAAUAUCAGGAAGUAUUACUUUACUGAGAGGGUAGUGGAUGCAUGGAAUAGCCUUCCAGCUGAAGUGGUAGAGGUUAACACAGUAAAGGAGUUUAAGCAUGCGUGGGAUAGGCAUAAGGCUAUCCUAACUAUAAGAUAAGACCAGGGACUAAUGAAAGUAUUUAGAAAAUUGGGCAGACUAGAUGGGCCGAAUGGUUCUUAUCUGCCGUCACAUUCUAUGUUUCUAUGUUUCUACCAAGUCGGCCAUUACCAGCCAUGCACACUGCCUUCUAUGCCUUUCUCAGGCCAGAGAAUCCACUACCAUCACCACCACUCAGACAGAUCAUUGUCUUCAACGAUCCCACGUAUGUAAACACAUAUAUCAUUACCUAUUGGCUCUACCACAUUCUGAAACAAGUCAACACGCACCAACAGUAGAGAUAACAUACUAUCCUACCCACAACAAAUGGUGUCCAGUUGUGGUCCUAGAUUCCUACCUUCAAAAUCCUUCCAGGAAUUAAAUACCGUAAUGCAUUUAAGGAAUGUCUGGUUAAUUUGUCUAUAUUUGUUGACUGUAUUAAAUCUUUGAUUAUUCAUUUUUGCCCUCUUUAUUUACAGGCCUACCAUAUCGUCGGUCUCGGCACACCACAACCGAUUUGCUCCCUUUAUACUAUCCUACGCUUAUGCUGGAACCUUACUCCACAUACGGCUAUUUGCCCCUUACACAAGUAUUAAGGCCGUUUGGCCUGUAUUUGUGGGAGGGGCUUAAAUUAAUUCACUCCUCUAUAUAAGGGACACCCCUUACCUGACUCCAUAUCGCUUGAGGUCAGCAUCAGAAUGACCCUCCCACCCACUCCUCAUUUCAACACUUUCUCUUUUCUUUCCAUUUACUUUACUCUCUUACUCCUUGGUGGGCCCUCUUUAUUUACAGGCCUACCGUAUCGUCGGUCUCGGCACACCACAACCGACUUUGUACUAUCCUACGCUUAUGCUGGAACUUUACUACAUAUACGGCUAUUUGCCCUUACAUAAAUAUAUAUAUUACCGUAUAUAUAAUACCGUAGUAAACACUUACCGUAGUAAACACUUUUAUAUACAUACAUACAUAGUAAGCAAAAGCUUGUGAAACUUCAUUGCACAAAUUCAGUACUUGACUUUGAUUGGGGAACAUUUAUGAAUACUGAACUUUUCAAAAAUAUUAUGUUUUGCUUUUGUUGAAACAUCACUUCUGUUAAGUAGCUACAUUGUCAACAAAAUGUUGUCUUCAGAAGAGGAAGCUAAUGACUUCCUUUUCUGAAGAGGAAGUUAAGAUUCCCACACCAACUACAGCAUUUACCACAUUCAUUGUAAAUUCGAAGGGAGGGCUAUCAGAAAAUAAUUAAUUAAAUGAUUCGUAACAUCAACUACAGUGUACCUGCAUUGUACUAGCUUCCAAUACUUAAUUACAACUGGGAUAUGUGCGAGUUAAAACCAGUUUGGAAAAACAAACAUAUAAUAUAUUCUUACAUUUUCAAUUGACUUCAGAUUAGCUGUGACCUAUUUAAAGUGUGUGUAACCUCCAAAAAUGUUCCAUUCAAAUUAUAAAACAUUUUAAAAAUUGUCCUUUUUUGUUUGUUUGUUUUUUGUUUUUUAAAUAGAAAGCAAAAAAAUAUAAAGCCUUUGAAGAAAAAAGUUGUUUCCCACAUAUUAGAAACUAGUAGAUAUUCGGAAAAACACAAACACUCAUGUUGUGGAGGGAGAUUUAUCAAUGUGUCUUGAAAACUGGUGCAAAGUUCUAAUAGUGGUGCAGUCACCAUGGAAACCAGUGGUACCAACAGUAGUAUUCCACUGCUGAAUCCUCCUCAUAUAUGUCUGAAACUGCUAUGUUUAUAAAAAAAAACCCUAGCUGGACCAGGCACCCAGACCACUUCAUUAAGCUGAAGUGGUCUGGGUGCCUAGAGUGGUCCUUUAAAUAUAUUUGUAUAUUUUCAUUAUUAUAUUAAACAUAUUAAUACAUUUUCAGGUGACAAUUCCAUUUAAAAUGUAUACUGUACAAUACAUGUAUACUGCGGGUUACCAAAAGCGGUCUAUAUAAAUUUAAAAUAAUGAAUAAAUAUUUUUUAUUCUCAAUUUAAAGGUGAAACAAGAGAGGAAAGGACAUUUAGAAACUGGAUGAACUCUCUGGGUGUUAAUCCUCGUGUAAAUCACUUAUACAGGUAAAUAUUUAUGUGUGUGCAGUAGGAACCAUCUGCUAAUCAGAUGAAGGAACCAGAUUACGUAUGUGCCUGAAGUCCAUGAAACCCCCCAAAGAUCCCUAUUCACUGUGCAUUAGCAUGUGGUCAAAAACUGCAAAGCAGACAGAAGAAGUUUUUGAUAGCAAUAGUUGUAGCAUUAUGUGUAUACUGCUAAAAAUCACUGUUUAUUAUCCGACUAAAAAAUCUAACUAAUUUAUUCCGUAUUUCCAAACAUUGUACUUAAAUUUUAAUAGGGAUAAUGUGCUAGAUAGCUAUAUAGUUGUUAGAAUAUUAUUGCACUUAUAAAUAGCUCACCCAGAAUGCGUUGCCAUCUGCCUUGUCAUAGUUAUAGUCAUAGGGAUACUAUAAGUGCCAGGAAUACAAAGGUGUUAAAUACCCUUUAUUUACUUACCUUACCACGGCGCUAGGUCGCAGCUCUGCCUCCUCCGACAUCCCACAAAGGGCGGGUGCUAAUGCGCAUGAACAUUAGACCUCCCCAUAGGAAAGUAUUGAAUGAAUACUUUCCUAUGGGGAAAAAUAAAAUCGGACACUGGAUGUCCUCAUGCAGAGCGUGAGGCCGUCCAGGGUUGUUACCAGACAAAAGGUCUGUUUGGAUGCAGGAAGCGCAUCCAGUGGCUGCCUGGGAGAUAGCAGGAGGCAGACUUAGUGCUGCAAUGUAAACAUUCCAGUUUCUCUGGAACUAAGGGCAAUAGGGACACUGCACCCAUACCACUGAAGUGGUCUGGGUGCCUAUAGUGUCCCUUUAAGAGAGAAUACUGGUCAAGAAACAUUCCCUCGUAGAACUUGUGUACAGAUAUUAUGUGGCCAGAACUGGGACCAAAAAUAUUUUUUUUAAAUGUCUGUUAAUUUAAAUCUUUGCUGGUAUUUCAGAUAGCAUUAUCUGCAGACAAAACUAUUAGUACAAUAAUUUAUAAUACAUAUAAAAUAUAUCUUCUUUUUUUAUCGUUCAGUGACCUGUCUGAUGCCCUUGUCAUAUUCCAGUUGUAUGAAAAGAUUAAGGUACCAGUAGAUUGGAGCAGAGUAAACAAACCACCAUAUCCUAAACUGGGAGAAAAUAUGAAAAAGGUAUUUUUAGAAGAUAAUUUUUUCCAUUGUUACAUAAAAUCUCAAUGAAAACUAACUUCUACAUAUUCAGUAGUAGGAAGAAAAGCCCCUGUUUGUUGCAUACUCUUUUGUUGAUUUAAAAAAAAAAAUCACUACACACCAGAGUCUUAGGACACAAGGUAUCAUGCUAAAACUCUAACUAUGAGGUAGAGAACGUUUUCCAUACAAAACUUUGAUACAGCUAACAGGAUAGCCAAAUAAAGAACGCAGCUAUAAUACAUGAAUAGGAUAAAAUAUGAAUUUGCAACAUACACUGAACAAAAUUAUAAACGCAACACUUUUGUUUUUGCCCCCAUUUUUCAUGAGCUGAACUCAAAGUGGCAUUUUACUGUGGCCAGCCUAAGGCACACCUGUGCAAUAAUCAUGCUGUCUAAUCAGCAUCUUGAUAUGCCACACCUGUGAGGUAGAUGGAUUAUCUUGGCAAAGGAGAAGUGCUCACUAACAUAGAUUGAGACAGAUUUGUGAACAAUAUUUGAGAGAAAUAGACCUUUUGUGUACAUAGAAAAAGUCUUAGAACUUUGAGUUCAGCUCAUGAAAAAUGGGGGCAAAAACUAAAGUGUUGCGUUUAUAAUUUUGUUCAGUGUAUUAAUAACCUGCUAUUUGAUUAAAUUGAAAAAAUACAUUUGCUUCCUUAAAGGACCACUCUAGGCACCCAGACCACUUCAGCUUAAUGAAGUGGUCUGGGUGCCAGGUCCCUCUAGGAUUAACCCCUUUUUUUUAUAAACAUAGCAGUUUCAGAGAAACUGCUAUGUUUAUAAAUGGGUUAAUCCAGCCUCCAAAGCCUCUAGUGGCUGUCUCAUUGACAGCCGCUAGAGGCGCUUGUGUGAUUCUCACUGUGAAAAUCACAGUGAGAACACGCAAGCGUCCAUAGGAAAGCAUUGCGCGUGCGCAUUCAGCCGAAGGGGAGGAGAGCAAGAGGAGAGCUCCCGGCCCGGCGCUGGAAAAAAGGUAAGUUUUAACCCUUUCCUUUCCCCAGAGCCGGGCGGGGGGGGCAGGGGCGUACCUAGAGCAUUUGGCACCCGGGGCGGAUCCUGUGCUUGCCCCCAAAAAACCUGUAAAAAAUUUAAAGGUUCUCUUUUUUUUUUUUACAAUUUGUAAACUUUGCAAAACCGCUGUCAGCCCCUCCUACAAAACCUCUGUCCUGUCCCUUCUACAAAUCCUGUACUGCCUCGUCUACAAAACCCCCGCAACCCCCUUCCACAAAUCCCCUGCUUAUCCCCCCUUUUAAAGACUCCUGUCCCAAUGCAAAACCCCCGCCCCCUUCUACAAAAUCCCUGCAGCCCCACACACACAUUUACAGGCAGACAGUCACACACUCAGUUACAGGCAGUCACACACUCAGUUACAGACAGACAGUCACACACAGUCACAGGCAGACAGUCACACAUACACAUUUCCUCCGUGCGGCCAGUUUAUCAGCUGUUUGCUUGUGUGAGCUGUACUGGCCGCACGGCACCCUAACUACCAUGGGACACUGUGCGGCCACAGCUCACACAACCCCCUCCAGCCAGGGCCGGUGCAAGGAUUUUUGCCGCCCUAGGCAAAAGUAAAGUUUGCCGCCCCCCCAUGUGACAUCACAAUGCCCCACCCAUAUGAUUUGCCAUGUUAACUAACGCCAGUGCUGCAGUGCCGCCGUGUUUACAUUAAAAGGCCUGCAGGGACAGGCUAUAGACACCAGAACCACUACAUUAAGCUGCAGUGGUUCUGGGGACUAUAGUGUCCCUUUAAUGUGAGGUAAAUUAGAGCUUAGUGCCACGAAUACUAUACUAGAUUGCCUACUUACAACCAGAUGAGGAUGAUGAUGGGCUCUAGCUGCAGUCUGGCUCCACUGGUCUGGUGUAGAACAGGCUCUCUGGAGGCGGUUUGUAACUGUGGUCACAAAAAUCAAUGUUCUGGGAGAACGGGAAGCAGCUCCAUUUUUUGGGGGGCCUUUACACAGCUCAAGGUCUGGGUCCCAGGGUCCACCUUCAUGUUCCACCAAUGAGUUUGUUCACAGGGGGUGGAGUGUGUAGGGAUGUCCUGAUAUGUGUGUAAGGAAUGCAUUGUGUGAAUCUGUGUUUGUAUGUGUAAGGGCUGCAAGGUGUGUUUCUGUGUAUGUAUGGGAUGCAUUGAAUGUGUGUAAGGGUGCAUUGAGUGUGUGUAAUGAAUGCAUUGUGUGUUUCUGUGUGUGUAAGGGAUGCAUUGUGUGUAACGGUUGCAUUGCUUGUGUAUGUGUGUCUGUGUGUGUAAUGCAUUGUGUGUUUUUCUGUGUGCAAGGGGUGCAUUGUGUGUAUGUGAUGAAUGUCAAUCUCUCCUCCCGCUCCAAUUUCCUUCUCCUCCUCCCAAUUUCUCUUUCUCACCCCCCUCUAAUUUCUCUCCCUCCUAAUUUCUCUUUCCCCCCUCCUAAUAUCUCUCCCCCCUCCUAAUUUCUCAAUUUCUCUCCCCCUCCUAAUUUCAAUUUCUCUCCCACCCAAUUUCUCUUUCCCCCCUCCUAAUAUCUCUCCCUCCCUCUAAUUUCUCUUCCCCCCUCCUAAUUUCUCUCUCACCCCUCUCUUUUCUCUCCCCCCCUCCUUUCUCUCCCCCCCCUUUCUCUUUCUCUCUCACCCCCCUCUCCUCUUUCUCACCCUCCCUCCUUUCUCCUUUCUCACCCCCCUUUCUCCCACUUUCUCACCCCUCUCUCACCCCCCCUUUCUCCUUUUUCACCCCCUCUCUCCUCUUUUUCACCCCCCCUUUCUCCUCUCUCACCCCCCUCCCCACUACCUUUGCUGUAGCGUGGCCGAGCCCUGUAUAGUCCGCGGGUACAGGGAGCAUCUGUCUCCUGUACCUGGCCGGACUAACAGGAAGUGCACACUCAGUGUGCACUUCCUGUUAGUCCGGCCGGGUACAGGAGACAGCUGCUCUCUGUACCCGUCGGACCAGCAAUGCUGCAGGGCUCGGCCACGCUACAGCAAAGGAAGCUGACAGGAGGGAGCGCUGAGCGCUGAUCGCUUCCCUUCUGUCAGCCUCUCCUCAGGCUGCGCCCGGGCGGUGCGGUCCGCCCUCAUGGACGCACCGCCCGGGCAAAGCUGCAGCCGCCUGAGGCUCUGUACAGAGCGCUCGGGCGGCUGCAGCAUGGGGGGGGCGCCCCUGGUCAUGGCACCCCCCAAUCUGCUGGCACCCGGGGCGGACCGCCCCCCGCCUCCCCCUUAGUACGCCACUGGGAGGGGGAGCCUGAGGGUGGGGGCACCCUCAGGGCACUAUAGUGCCAGGAAAACAAGUAUGUUUUCCUGGCACUAUAGUGGUCCUUUAAAUUCUUUUAAUUUAUUUUUUAUGAUUUAAUUUUAUUUACUAGAAUAUAUAUCGCUAAAUAUCAAACUUUAUUUUCUUACGAUGUCUUCAUAACUUUAUUCAAUAAAAACAUAAUUAUAUUAUGUAUAUCUUCUCACCAUGCACAUGUUUGUAUCCGACAGCUUGAAAACUGCAACUAUGCUGUUGACCUGGGCAAAAACAAGGCCAAGUUUUCUUUGGUUGGAAUUGCAGGGCAGGAUCUGAAUGAAGGAAAUCGGACUCUGACAUUAGCUUUGCUGUGGCAGUUGAUGAGAAGGUACUUGCUAAAAUGGGUUAACACAGGACUGUACAAAGGUAGAUUCCCAGAUAUUGUAGAACUACAAUUGCUGUGGGAGUUGUAGUUCUACAACAUCUGGGGAUCUACCUACUGGGCAGCCCUGUUAAGGAAUAAGUACUCCUGCUCCUACAGUAGAAAAUAAAAUUGUAUUUAAACUCACUACACAUCGAAUUGCAGAGAAAUGAAAACCGUAUUGCAAAAUCUAGGCACAAUUAGCUAAUAUACUAAAAUUGCCCAAUACAUCUCUAGUCACAGUUUGGCUUAUUAAAGAGACACUAUGGUCAAGGUUUCGUUUCGGUCACAACUUCUACAAUUGCCUCUGUCCAAUUGGGUUAAACAUGGCCCUGGAAUGAGCCUUGGAAGCUGAGUAUAUGAUAAUACUAAUGGUCAGUGCAGGGAAUCUACUAGUAUAAGAAUCGAAGACUGUUACUUUGAUAAAUUUAAGUGAAAGUCAGUGCUUUGUGAAUUUCAUUAUUGUGCGAUAAAUGCAUGCUUAAUGUUUUGUUAUAGGUACACAUUGAAUAUUCUGGAGGACAUCGGUGGAGGACAAAAGGUUAACGAUGACACAAUUGUUACCUGGGUGAAUCAGACACUGAAUGAAGCUGGGAAAUCAUCGUCAAUAAGUGGAUUCAAGGUGAACAUUCCUAGAACUGAAUCGUUUAAAUAUGAUGCUUUAUAGAUGCAAAUGCACCGUAACCAAUUAUUUAGCAAUGGAAAAGGCAACCAUCGGUACUUCAGAUGUUUUGGACAACAUCUCCACUGAUGUUUAACCAGUAUCAUGGUUAUAAGAGAAUUAUGGGAGACGUAGUAGACAACAUCUGGAGUGCCAAAGGUUGCCUACCCCUGAGUCUUAGCAUAUUGAACAAGAACAUAUUACAGGUUAUUCAAUAUAGUGUGAAUUUGCAGGAAUUCAAAGUGAAAUUUAAAUUAAAAUAGCAAUGCUUUCAAUUUAACUAAAAUCUUAAAUUCACUUACAUUCCUGAGAAUUAGAAUUGCAUUUCUGGCUCUUUAAUAUCAUAUCACUUCAUACACUUUAAACUCACAAAUACAAAAAAUAUAUAUUUUGCGUGACUAACAUUUCUUUAUAACAUGAUCAUCUUUAUAUGGUAGAAAGGGACAAUAUAUUAUUAUUUAACUUAUCAUUCAACAGUUUGUUUGUUUUUUAAAUGUUUUUUUCCAAAACCACAAUUUCCUCUUGAAAAUUGUUGUAUGUAUUAUUAGUGAAGAGAAUAACAACUCAGAUUUGUUUUUUGCAAAGAAAUCAAUAUUUUACUACAUAAAUUAGCUAAAUACAGAGAUUGAGAAUUUGUCAUUCUACGAGCAAGUAUAUUCAUUAAAAGGUUACUUUAAGUACAAUAACAAUGUAGAUCACUGUACUUACAGACAAUGGCGAAAUGCAUGCACAAAACAAACAAAAAUGGCAAAAGCCUAAUAUUUCAGCGAAAAUUUGAACAACAACCUAUCAAACCCAAGAAACUUUUGGAAAAUCAUAAAUAGCAUACAAACCCCCACAAUCCACUCCCAACCCUCCACUGUCAAAAUGGACAACCAAACACUGCAACACCCCCUAGAUGUAGCAAAUGCCUUUAAUAAUUAUUUUGUUGGAUGUGUUACCACCCUGGUUGCUAAGAUAACAAAUGCCACUCAUUUUCAGACCACAAAUAAAGAUCAGGCACUGCCAAAUCUUCAAAAUUCUCAUAUAGAGAAAUUUUAUUUCAGACCUGUACCUGUUAGUGUAGUUAAUAAAAAUCUUAAUCAUUUAAAAAUGAAAAACCAGUGUGGACCAGAUCAGAUCCCAGCAAUGUUGCUGAAGAUCAGUGCGACGGCAAUUGCUAAACCUGACACUACCCUUAUCAAUGAAUCCCUGGUGUCAGGAUACAUAACCAAACUUUGGACGACUGCAUAAGUAGUAUCUAUCCAUAAAAGUGGUGACAAUACUUUUGUAUCUAACUAUCGCCCGAUAUCAUUGCUCCCAGUAUUGUCAAAAAUCGUGGAAAAAUGCAUCCUCACACAACUAUGUGAAUAUUAUCAACAAUCACAUUUUUUUGACCCCUAAUCAAUCAGGCUUUCAUCCAAAUCUCUGAACUUCAACUGCCCUCUAAAAAGUUUGCAAUGACAUCCAAAUUGGCAUGGAACAAGGAGACUUAACUGGAGCUAUUCUUCUUGAUUUUGCCAAGGCCUUUGACACAGUAUGGCAUUCUUUUGCAAAAACGUAAAAACUCAAGUAUUGGUGAUCGUCCGCUAACCUGGUUUCGAUCAUAGGUAUCAGACCGAUUUCAAUAUGUGGCUACUUCUGAUAGCGCUUCCCUCCCUCUUCCAGUCACGUGUGGUGUUCCCCAAGGCUCCAUACUCAGCCCCCUGCUAUUUACAUUAUUGAUAAAUGAUCUGCCUAACGUCUGCAAAUCUUCAACUGUACACAUGUAUGCAGACGACACUGUAAUCUAUGCUAGUAAACCCAAUCUACCGUAGCUUGAGGCUGUGCUCCAAAACCAAUUCCCAGAUGUAGAAAAGUGGAUAGCGGAUAACGAACUCUUCCUAAACACUGACAAAACUGUUACAAUGAUCUUUGAAGCUUUACCUAAAUUAUGUAAACUACAAAAUCAAGAAUUGCGUAUCAAAACAAAUUCAAAUAGCACCCUGAUAGCAGUCUGCAUUUUAAAAUAUUUACGUAUAUUGCUAGACCCCAAUCUAUCCUUUGGCCUUCACAUUGAAAAAAAUCUCUUUACCCAAAACUAGGUGCCCUGUACAGAAACAAAUGCUGCCUAAGCCCUACAGUAGGGAAACAGAUAGUGCAACAAAUGCUAAUGCCGGUAAUUGAUUAUGGGGAUGUAGUGUAUGCACCCGCGCCUCAAACCCACCUUAAUAAACCUAAAACUUUAUACAAUUAAUUCUGACGCUUUGUACUAGAAUGUAAUUACUUUACCCACCACUGUGAUAUAUUAAAAGAGCUAAACUGGUUAUCUCUGGAAUCCCAACGCACUCUUCAUCUUUCCAGCCUUGUGCAUAAGAGCAUUUCUGGGAAGCUCCCACCCUACCUGAGCAGAAUGGUGUCCCUGGCUGUUCCCACCUCCUCUAACCUCUGAUCCAGUAUUAGCACGAUAAUUAGCAUACCGCAAUACAAAAAUAAAGUGGCUCGAUCCUCAUUUUCCUACAGAGCACCGCAAUUAUGGAAUAACCUUAGGGACACAGUCAAAUCUUCAUUCAAUCUAAAAUCUUUUAAGAGAUUUAUGGCAAUAUACCUCAAUACAGAAUGCACCUGUCAUGGUUGAAUAUAUAUUACUUGUUUUGUAUUACAUUUAUAUAUGUGUGUAUAUAUAUAUUUAUAUAUAUAUAUAUAUACAUAUAUAUAUAUAUAUAUAUAUAUAUAUAUAUACAGGGAGUGCAGAAUUAUUAGGCAAGUUGUAUUUUUGAGGAUUAAUUUUAUUAUUGAACAACAACCAUGUUCUCAAUGAACCCAAAAAACUCAUUAAUAUCAAAGCUGAAUAUUUUUGGAAGUAGUUUUUAGUUUGUUUUUAGUUUUAGCUAUGUUAGGGGGAUAUCUGUGUGUGCAGGUGACUAUUACUGUGCAUAAUUAUUAGGCAACUUAACAAAAAACAAAUAUAUACCCAUUUCAAUUAUUUAUUAUUACCAGUGAAACCAAUAUAACAUCUCAACAUUCACAAAUAUACAUUUCUGACAUUCAAAAACAAAACAAAAACAAAUCAGUGACCAAUAUAGCCACCUUUCUUUGCAAGGACACUCAAAAGCCUGCCAUCCAUGGAUUCUGUCAGUGUUUUGAUCUGUUCACCAUCAACAUUGCGUGCAGCAGCAACCACAGCCUCCCAGACACUGUUCAGAGAGGUGUACUGUUUUCCCUCCUUGUAAAUCUCACAUUUGAUGAUGGACCACAGGUUCUCAAUGGGGUUCAGAUCAGGUGAACAAGGAGGCCAUGUCAUUAGAUUUUCUUCUUUUAUACCCUUUCUUGCCAGCCAUGCUGUGGAGUACUUGGACGCGUGUGAUGGAGCAUUGUCCUGCAUGAAAAUCAUGUUUUUCUUGAAGGAUGCAGACUUCUUCCUGUACCACUGCUUGAAGAAGGUGUCUUCCAGGAACUGGCAGUAGGACUGGGAGUUGAGCUUGACUCCAUCCUCAACCCGAAAAGGCCCCACAAGCUCAUCUUUGAUGAUACCAGCCCAAACCAGUACUCCACCUCCACCUUGCUGGCGUCUGAGUCGGACUGGAGCUCUCUGCCCUUUACCAAUCCAGCCACGGGCCCAUCCAUCUGGCCCAUCAAGACUCACUCUCAUUUCAUCAGUCCAUAAAACCUUAGAAAAAUCAGUCUUGAGAUAUUUCUUGGCCCAGUCUUGACGUUUCAGCUUGUGUGUCUUGUUCAGUGGUGGUCGUCUUUCAGCCUUUCUUACCUUGGCCAUGUCUCUGAGUAUUGCACACCUUGUGCUUUUGGGCACUCCAGUGAUGUUGCAGCUCUGAAAUAUGGCCAAACUGGUGGCAAGUGGCAUCGUGGCAACUGCACGCUUGACUUUUCUCAGUUCAUGGGCAGUUAUUUUGCGCCUUGGUUUUUCCACACGCUUCUUGCGACCCUGUUGACUAUUUUGAAUGAAACGCUUGAUUGUUCGAUGAUCACGCUUCAGAAGCUUUGCAAUUUUAAGAGUGCUGCAUCCCUCUGCAAGAUAUCUCACUAUUUUUGACUUUUCUGAGCCUGUCAAGUCCUUCUUUUGACCCAUUUUGCCAAAGGAAAGGAAGUUGCCUAAUAAUUAUGCACACCUGAUAUAGGGUGUUGAUGUCAUUAGACCACACCCCUUCUCAUUACAGAGAUGCACAUCACCUAAUAUGCUUAAUUGGUAGUAGGCUUUCAAGCCUAUACAGCUUGGAGUAAGACAACAUGCAUAAAGAGGAUGAUGUGGUCAAAAUACUCAUUUGCCUAAUAAUUCUGCACUCCCUGUAUAUAUAUUGUUUGUAUAUUGAAAUUUUGUAAUAUUGUAUCAAUGCAAUGUUUUGUGGACCCAGGACAUGGAAAACGAAAGAAAUCUCAAUGUAUCCAUCCUGGUAAAAUAUUUUAUAAAUAAAUAAUACAUAGAUAAACUUUCUGAUAGUGCCCUGCACUCAUCAUCAGCUCUGAAAGUGACUUAGAACAGAAAUAAUUUGAAAACAUCACUGCAGCUAUAAGACAAAUCACCCCACCUUCCACAGCUGUCAAUCAGGCAGUCGGAACCCUCAGUUGUAGACUAUUCAAGAUGUGCAUGUGGUUAGCAAUUGCUGUCAACUCUGCCCAAUUUGCUAAACUACCAGGCUAUAUAAUGAGAUUUUAGUGGUUAGGAGGGGGAAGAGAGGAUUAAACCAAGGCUGUGCCCAUUCUUAAUGGGAUUUUUUUUUAUUUACAGGCAUUAAGCCAACGAGGCUGCAUGCUCACUCUGGAUACUAUCAAUUUAUAGAGCAGUUCCACUUGCCUUAUGUGAUAGGUGGAACUGUUGUGGGAUAAACUACUUAUCGCUUAAAUCCUUGCUGAGCAGGAAUUUAUGGGAUAUAAUCAGACCACAUUGAACAGAAUAAGAGGCUACUGAUUGUGUGAGCCUCCUCUUGGUAAAUAAAAGGUCUGCUUGCUGACACUUGCUGUGCAUGCGCAGAAUCAAUAUAAUCUUCAACGGGUACUUUGCUUGAAAUAUGAAAUGAGUUUAUAUAUUAGACAAAAAUCUUGUGUUGUGUUUUUGUUUAACCAAACUAACAUUUUUACAUUGUGGUUUUUAACUAUAACUAAUAAACUCUUUGUAACAUAUGUUGAUGUAAAGGUUAUAUGUUUUUCUUUCUGAAGGAUGGCAAAAUUAGCACAAGUAUGCCAGUCUUGGAUUUGAUUGAUGCAAUCCAGCCCGGCUCAAUUAAUUAUGACCUUUUAAAAACAGAAGACCUAAAUGAUGAUGAGAAACUCAACAAUGCUAAGUAUGUUGUACUUUUUGUUGUUUAUCAAGUUGUGCCAUUUGUAGACUAAUUUUAAGCUUGGCAGUACAAAGAAAAAAGAACUAGACAUGAUUAUUAUACAUAAAUAAAGGCACAGGAGUUAGGAAGAAUUUUGUAAAAUCAAAUUUUAUCAGUAUUUUGGUUGUUUAGAUAUUAUGGACUUUGAGCAUUUUAGGAUUUUUUUUUUAACAAUAGCACUUUGCAAUUACUUUAUAUCUUGCUCAUCCAUUGUACUGCACUGCAGAAUAUAUUGGCGCCCAGAUAUAUUAAUAUGGAUAGUAAUAGUUCCUACUCCCUACUCCUGUCUCCUUCCUUAAUGUAACUGGUAUUUUGGGGUGGGAGGGUGAUACAUAUAAAGGAUAAUUCACAUUCCCAGCCCUUAUUGCUUCAUGCAUCACAGAUGCACUAACACACCAACAUCCACUUAGUGCAAUUAUGGAACAUACCUAGGAAUAAUAAAAGUUAUGCUUUUUGGCUGCAACUGCAAUUUGUGGCUGUCUUCAUUAAUUCUGACUUCCCCCAUUAUUGAUAUGUCAAAAUGUCAAGAGAUUAGGGGUUUGUACAAUGUUUGUCUCACUGUGCAAUAGUAUUGCACAUUAUGAUGUCACCCGGAGACUAGUUUUUGAUUGCAAAACAUAAUCAACUUGCUAGUGUAAAUCAUAUAAUGUAUACUUGAUUGCAGCACAUGUAUUUAUUUUUUUAUUUUAUGUAACAGUCUAUGGUGGUUAGAGGGGUUAAUGUAAAUCAGGUGAAAUAGCAUCUAUGUUUGGCUCAUGAGACAUUGGAAUGGUUUUAUUAGAUCCAUAGAGAUAAAAAGAAUAUUUCAUGAUAACAGCAAAACAAACAUAUGGUAAAUAAAAAAAUUUGCAACAUUUUCUCUCAUCAUAAAACUCAGACCUAACGACAUCCUGGAUUCCAUCUGUUAAUUAAUGACUACAGAUACACUCACUUGCUGUGUUAUCAUAUCCUGUAACUAAUUACACAUACACAUACUGCUAGGGACCUGCCAAAUAUCUUAGUGCAUUAAAACAAUGCAAACAUGUUAGUAUGCAUUUAGUCCAUUGGUUUAGUUUGUGUUUAAAUAUAAUCAACUUUGUGGUUUACCACAAUGUUCUCCAGACGUUUCCGUAGACCCAAGUUAAGUCCUUUAGUAGAUUAUUCUACAGAUCUCAGUGUUUUAUUAUUUGCUUUCUUUUUGUUGCAGAUAUGCAAUUUCAAUGGCAAGAAAAAUUGGGGCAAGAGUUUAUGCUUUGCCCGAGGAUCUGGUGGAAGUGAAACCAAAGAUGGUUAUGACAGUCUUUGCUUGUCUCAUGGGAAGAGGAUUAAAGGUUUAAAAUAAUGUAAUGCUGGCAGCAAUGACAGUGUCCCUUUAAUUGCCUGUAUCACGAGGUUCAUCUGGCUACUGUAAGACUUUCUGGAAAGAACUAAUAUAUCUUCGUUAUCAGUAUAAAAUAUCCCUGUCCCUAAAUGAAAGGCUCCCAUUCUCACCCAACACAGUGUACAACACAGAAGAAAAUAAAUACAACUUUAAAAAAUCAGCUUUAUUAGUAUGAUGUGUGAAGAGGGGAUUCUUCUAAGUACCAACCUGCUUUUUUUGUUGAUUAAACAAGUAACAAAACCUUUUUAAGAUCUAUCAGUACAAUUAAAAGUGCCAUUUUGUGUUCUAUUGUCCAUACUACUUGUUUCAUUGCUAUUAAAGAAUAAUUUGAAUUGUAU